GUGGGCGUGGCCAUGUUGUUUUGGUUCUGGGUGAGGCUAAGAAAAACUGCAAGACCUGUGGUUAGCCACACCCACUUCAUCCCUGGAGCCACGCCCACUUCAUCCCUGGAUCUCAGUGCGAAGGACCGAGUGCCAGGCCAACCACCGGACACGGAGCGCGGCAGCGGCACCCCGGCCAUGACGUCACUGUGUGGGACCUCAUUCAGGGUGAGUGCCACUCCCAGCAUCCUCAGGCAGGCUCCCCUACCGGCUGCACUGCCACUCCCAGCAUCCUCAUGUAAGGGGUGCAUUCUGACUUGCCUGUCACAGACAGUUUGUAGGCUGUAUCGAAGAACCCAAUAAGAUUAUACUGUACAUGUACAGACACCCCCACUUAGCUCCAUGUUACCAGUCUCUGCCAGCUCCUGGAUAUGUGGCUCGCAUUGCUUUCUGGGAGUUGUAGUGUGCUAAUAGCUGGAGGUAGCUGUAUAGGUAGAGCUCUGCCCUGCCAGCUGUAUAGAUAGAGCUCUGCCCUGCCAGCUGUAUAGAUAGAGCUCUGCCCUGCCAGCUGUAUAGGUAGAGCUCUGCCCUGCCAGCUGUGUAGAUAGUGCUCUGCCCUGCCAGCUGUAUAGGCGCCUGCCAGCUGUGUAGAUAGAGCUCUGCCCUGCCAGCUGUGUAGAUAGAGCUCUGCCCUGCCAGCUGUGUAGAUAGAGCUCUGCCCUGCCAGCUGUGUAGAUAGAGAUCUGCCCUGCCAGCUGUAUAGAUAGAGCUCUGCCCUGCCAGCUGUAUAGAUAGAGUUCUGCCCUGCCAGCUGUAUAGGUAGAGCUCUGCCCUGCCAGCUGUGUAGAUAGAGCUCUGCCCUGCCAGCUGUGUAGAUAGAGCUCUGCGCUGCCAGCUGUGUAGAUAGAGCUCUGCGCUGCCAGCUGUGUAGAUAGAGCUCUAGAGCUCCCUGCCAGCUGUGUAGAUAGAGCUCUGCCCCGCCAGCUGUGUAGAAAGAGCUCUGCCCCGCCAGCUGUGUAGAAAGAGCUCUGCCCCGCCAGCUGUGUAGAAAGAGCUCUGCCCCGCCAGCUGUGUAGAAAGAGCUCUGUGCCGCCAGCUGUGUAGAUAGAGUUCUGCCCUGCCAGCUGUAUAGGUAGAGCUCUAACCUGCCACUGUAUAGGUAGAGCUCUGCCCUGCCAGCUGUAUAGGUAGAGCUCUGCCCUGCCAGCUGUAUAGGUAGAGCUCUGCCCUGCCAGCUGUAUAGAUAUAACUCUGCCCUGCAAACUGUAUAUAGAGUAAUGUAUUGGUGAUAUGCACAUCUUGAACAUUUACCAAUUUGUCUAUCAGUCUGUGGAGGUGAUCGUUAAACCCAGUACCCUUACCCCAAUUAAUGGCACCAUUUUCGCUUAAACCUGACCUAUUCCUGAUGACUAGCGGCAUCAUGGCACACAGGUACCACAAACACUACACAGAACAUGCCACCCUAACUCUUGCCUAAGGAUGGCUUCUUAUAACCAUUUGUGACUUGUUACGGUAAAACAGGUGCUGUUAUGGGGCAAAUAAGAAACAAUCACCAUUUAGUCACAUGGUAGAAUGUUUCAAUAUUUAGUACUUUGUCCCAGAAUAGUACCUCUAUCUGCCCAACAAGUAAAGCAAGUUUGGAGUGUGUGGAUAUGAGAAGGCCAGGGUGCUUCCGUUCUGCUGCGAAGGGGUGAGUUCCACACCAAACCAACAUUUGGAUCCUUUAUAAUGGACAAAUGGUAGGAGCCUUUAACCUAUUCCUUACUAGCCUUGGGAAUUUCUCCAACCUGUUGGACUGGUAUUUUGUGUGUAUGAUGAUGUAUCUUGGUGGAUGCAGAAAUGAAUAGAUUCCAUUUACAGUGUAACUGUCUGAGUUCAGAGCUCACCUGCCCUUCUGGUUUAAUGUAAUGAAACGUCACUUUAUACAAAUUAGACGACUGGUGGCUACUGUGGAAUGAUUAAAUAGGACAGCAGUCUUUUCAAUUAUCCAUGACGCAAGGACAAACUCUGAAUAGAAAUUCAAUAUCCCUUUUCCUCGGCAAUGAAAGGAUUCGGAUCAUCUCAGAUUUGUAAAAGGAGUUUGACCUUUUUCUAAUCCCGAACUGUUUGUGCCAUCUCAGAUUACUGUGUCACCAUUUCCCGUGUAAUCUGUGAUGGUGAUUAUGUUCCUUUUAUGAUUACACAAGGCUGUGGUAUCAUUCCUUUCUGAUCUCUUAUUAUGGAUUAGGGUAGACUAAACUCACACAGGGUUAUCUACUGCGGGGGGGAGGGGGUACUCUUGUAAUAAUGUAUUUUUUAUGUAUAGAAACAGAAUGUGACUGCAGAUAAGAACCAUUCGGCCCAUCUAGUCUGCCCAAUUUUCUAAAUACUUUCAUUAGUCCCUAGUCUUAUCUUAUAGUUAGGAUAGCCUUAUGCCUAUCCCAUGCAUGCUUAAACUCCUUUACUGUGUUAAAAAUAUUGGCUUAUUUAGAGAAGCUAGUAAACUAAAGCCGAGUUUGAGAAUAUUUUGAAAACAUCACUUUUUGUCUACAUAUUUAUCUUGAUACAAUUCAUCAUCUGGUGAAUAAAUUCUUCAUUGGAACUAUGUAAACGAAAUCACUCAUGCCGUUUAUCGAUAGCACACUCUUCUAAAUGAAAAUUAACAGCUCCUGGGGAUGCCGGGAACCCCGGGCCUCAUACAUGCAAAGCAUGCGCUCUACCACCGAGCUACAUCCCCAUAUACAUAAACAAGUACAUAUUUAGCAAUGUGAAUUAAACAAUAAAACAGGUGUAUAUGUACGAUCACUGUAUAACCUAGUCUUUACACCACAUACAGGGACGUGAUUCUCCUUUAGGUGCUAAGUGCGUAUUUUCAUUAAACCUAUAUUAUUUCUUAGCAGUUCUCUUCAGCAUGAACAACCUGUUUGAAAAUGGUGCCGCAUUUUGACUUUAUCCAUGUUUCUUAAUGUUGUGACUAUAUGUAAGAGCAAUUCCAAAGCAAAUUGCUAGAAUUGGAGCAGUCGCCAUGGAAACCGAUAGAAUGUUCUCGCCAACUUCUCCACUUUUAGUGAAAUGUUUCUAUAUCUAUUGAUCUAUAUAUUCCCUAACAUUCACUUUGUGGAUAUUUCCCUUUAGGUACAACGGAGGAAGGUUAUAUUUCUGAACGCCUGCAUUCUACUAAUAAGUACGCUGAUUACUGUACAAUCUGUACCAAUAGACAAGAGCAAGGUGGCAGAAGAAAAUCCCACAAGUGGACAGCCUGCUCAGUCUUCAGUAGGUAUCAUUACAUUUACACUGGGUGAUAGAACUCAACAUCGUAUGUUAUUUGUUUGAUGCUUGUAACCCAAUAAAAGAAAAGUUUUAGUAGGACUACAUGAAAAAUAAAAUAAAAAAAAUGAUGCUGUGAUCAGACACUUUUCUCCUCUCACCCCUCCCCUUCCCCCCAACUACAGGAACCGCACUCUUUUUUCUUUUUUUUAUAAUCUUCUCUUAACUCUGCUCCUUAGUCCCUAACCCCUUUUCCCACUUUUAUCACACUGUGCCAACUCAAAGAAUAUUUAAUCUGUUUAUACCUCUGACCAUGUGGUAUGGCUUUACACUGUGUUGGAACGCACUUCACUGUUUAUAGCCCUGGCUAAUUUUGUUUUCUGACCCUCUACCUUCCUGCAUUGUGCAUGUUAGUAUUUGCACACCCAUGAACUUAUUUCUACUCAUCUUGGUUCUGCCGUUGCACAGCAUUAAACAGGAACCAACCUGAAACUGUAUUUUCAUCUUGUUAAAACCUGUUUCCUCAUAGACCUACAGACAGGCCUGAAACUAUGAGAAAUUGAUCAUUUUAGGCUACCUUUACCUUUGUAAAUAGACAAAUGGGAUGGUUAAGCAGAUCAAUAAAUUCUGUUUAUUGAGUUUUAUUUUCUGGAUAGUUUUUCUGUAUUAUUUACGUAAAAUGACAAACGGAUUUAAAAAAACUAAAAUAUUAAAUGAGUUUGGACAUAUAACUCAUUUUGCCCACUAUCUAGUGAUGGCUAAACUUAGCAGUGGAAUAUCAUGGGAAUUGUAUGGUUAGUCCUCACUGCCCAAGGCUUUUGCCAUGUCCCAGAGUGUUUUAAAAGUACUCUUGAAUAUCCUUUCACCCUAUAGGAACAUUUACUAAAAUUGGGAAGAUUAGUCUGUUUAACCACCAAUUCUCCAAACUCUGCGUGGUGAUCAUACAUUGCUUUCUCUUCUAUUUCAUAUAGAAGCCUCAUGCUUUUCAGUAUCUUAAUGAUAUCAUAUAAAAUCAGGGGGCUAACAGCAGUCUGCCCUUUUGGGCAAUACUGGAUCGUGAGUACCGGCCACAAACGGUACUCUAGAUUGUAAGCUCUCUUGAUCAGGGCACUCAUUGUCUUUUGUUACUUUUAACACAUGCAGGGUUAUUGGCUAAAGUGAAUUUCAAUUUUAAAGGACCACUCAAGGCACCCAGACCACUUCAGCUUAAUGAAGUGGUCUGGGUGCCAGGUCCUUCUAGGGUUAACCCAUUUUUUCAUAAACAUAGCAGUUUCAGAGAAACUGCUAUGUUUAUCAAUGGGUUAAGCCUUCCCAUAUUUCCUCUAGCGGCUGUCUCAUUGACAGCCACUAGAGGCGCUUGCGUGCUUCUCACUGUGAUUUUCACAGUGAGAGCACGCCAGCGUCUAUAGGAAAGCAUUAUGAAUGCUUUAUGUGACCGGCUGAAUGCGCGCGCAGCUCUUGCCGCGCGGGCGCAUUCAGCCGACGGGGAGGAGGAGAAGAGGAUCGGAGGAGGAGAGCUCCCCGCCCAGCGCUGGAAAAAGGUAAGUUUUUACCCCUUUCCAGAGCCGGGCAGGAGGGGGUCCCUGAGGGUGGGGGCACCCUCAGGGCACUAUAGUGCCAGGAAAACAAGUAUGUUUUCCUGGCACUAUAGUGGUCCUUUAAGGCUUCUCUGUUACCAAAAAUAAACAUCAUCUAACCAGCUUCUAUAUGUGGCUGAAUCUUAUUUUAUAUUUUCCCUGAGUGCUCGGGUUUCCAUGAAAUACAUAAAGAACUGUAGUGACUACUACUAUUUGUAAAGCUGUCAUAUUAACAAAACUUGGCAACGGGCGGAUCUUAAAGCAAGGUUCUGUUUCAAUUACCAGUCAUAUUUACCCACAAUCCAGUAAAUCAAUCCGACACAGGGGAAUCUGCAGGCAUCAUGUGCAGAAAGAACGAAAGAUAAUAAAUAUAAAGGGAAGCGGCAGUAAGCAUAGUGUAAUCAUUGAAGCGGCACUCUCACUCCAAACUUACCUUUCUUCUAUUGUUUCCUCUUCUCUUCCUCUCUCACAGCCUGUUCUUCUUUUCAUAACUUCUGAUCUAGUUUUCUUUAAAACAUAAGACAAAGUAGGGGGGACUACUUUUGUCUUGUGUAGUUUCCUGCGCCUGACAUUCUCUGACCCAAGGUGGAGCUUAAGUCUGUUCCAUUUCCUGUGUCAAAGAAAGAUUUCCCACAAUACUCAGCCUCCUCCUUGACAUAGAAAAUGGAACUGACUUUAGCUCCUUCUUGUGUCAGAGAAUGUCAGGCAUAGGAAAAAUACACAAGGCAAAGAGGAAGAGGAAACAAUAGGGAAAAGGUUAAUUCGGCGUGACAGUGCCGCGUUAAAGGAUUGUGGGGAUAUUUAUGGGAUAAUAAUAGUAAACGGUUGAGAAUUGCCCACUAUUUCAAUUCUCAGAUCCCAAAGAACGUUUAUCGUGUUAAGUGUGAAGUAUUUCAUAUAAAUAAUAUUCACAAUGUAUAAAAAUAGAUUUUAUUUAUAAUAAUAAUAUUAUGUAACAUGCGUGACAAUAAUCAAUGAAUAUUCAGUAUAAAAUGAUAUGCAAUACAAAGGAACGGGUAUUACGUUUCAAUGGCUAAAUAGCAUUAUCUGUCAAGACUUAUUUAUGACUAUCUUUAACACAGACUGAAAGUGAAACUUUUCACAGCUAAGAACAGAAUUCCUCAGAGUGCAGCGUAAGGUCGUAAAGUUUAGCAGACAGUUAGAAUAACCCUUUCAAUGCUGGCUAGAUCUCCUAGGUAGUUAAGAUCUAUUCUUAUGUAAUUUUAAAUAAAAUAACAUUUAAACCAGUUCAUUAGUCAUUUCCUGGAACCAUCAAAUAAGAGAAUCUACCAUAUUAUAUAAGCAGAUUUUAAUUUGUCUAAAAGAUAUCUUAUCUUAAUUUAGAGCAAAUCAAUACACCUGGAUAAAAACAACGGUAUGCUAACACGUGAUAAUAUCACAUCAAUAUAUAAUUAUUCUUAAUUCCACCUGCAGAAUGGAAUAUUUAUAACUAUAUAUUCUUUAGUUAACUAAGAUUUCUUAAUAUGGAAAUCUGACCGUGCUUUAUCCUAGUCAUAUAUCAUGCUAUUAAUACAUUUUAAUUAAUUUAAUUUAAUUAAAUGAAACCAGUAUAAUUACCAGUUGAGUAGAUAUUUCAUCCGAUUGGUAGUCUCAGGAACUUAUUUGGAUGUCUCUCUGCAUGGAGGUGUUGGUUAGAAAGUCAGUAAAUUCUAAGUGUUAGAGUUUUAGGAGUAGAGUGUUAGUCUCAGAUGUUGUCCGAGUUGGAAUCCCCAAACUUCCAAUUCCUCUCUUCUCUCCUUUUUCUUUCUCCUUUGCAUAUCCUGCCUACCCUGCAUAUAUCUCUAUCUUCCCUUUGUCUUAACUUUUAAAGGGCCAGACUCUCUGUACGUCAUCAGUUGAUAACCCAAUAGAAGCACUAGAGGUGUGGUUAUCUUCCAGAUCGCAAUUUAGUUAUUUGGUCUAUAGAGGGCAGUCUUGUCCUACUAAACAUACCUAUCCAGGAAAGAGUUAACUUUUCCUGGUGGCUAUUUUGACGUCAUUUUGCGUUAUCUUUAUAGUGCCAUAAUUUAAAUUUUGUCCAGACUAUGUGUCAGGCAAAUCUGCUAUAAUUUCUGAUAUGGCAGAUCAUGAACUAAGUUUACCCUUUUCCAUACAAUGGUACCUUAUAUGUAUAUAGACAGUAAAAUUAAAUUAUUUAAUCUUCUCUGUCACAAUUGUCUGGGUUUAGAUUUGAUUAUAUUCUUCUUAUCACUUGUUUAUACCAUGCAUGCAUUCCUUAGCUCUGGCAAAAUGGCUAGUCUUACAGAAAGAAAUCUUGUGUUUUUUUUUUUUUUUGUUAUAACAAAAUGGAGUCUGCUCUGUUCAGAGUGACUCAGAAUAUACACUUUUAGUUUCUAUCAUAGCACAAAAUGUCUGCCGAUAUAAAUACUCUGACAGGAUCACUACAGUGUCAGAAAAACUAAGUGCCCUGAGGGUGCCCCCACCAUCAGGGUCCCCCUCCCGUGGCGCUGAAGGGGUUAAAAACCCCUUCAGCAGCUUACCUUAUUCCAGUGCCGGGCUCCCUCGGCACUGGUGACCUCUUCUCCCCUGCCGACGUCAGCGGAGCCGAAUGUGCAUGCGUGGCAAGUGCCGCGCGUGCAUUCAGAGUAUCCACAGGAAAGCAUUUUUCAAUGCUUUCCUAUGGACGCUCUGCAUGAUGGAGGCAUUAAAUGCCUCCAACGUCGCAGAUGCGCCUCUAGUGGCUGUCUGGAAGACAGCCACUAGAGGCUGGCUUAGCCCUGCAAUGUAAACAUAGCAGUUUCUCUGAAACUGCUAAGUUUGCAUCUGCAGGGUUUAAACCUGAGGGACCUGGCACCGAGACCACUUAAUUGAGCUGAAGUGGUCUGGGUGACUAUAGUGUCCCUUUAAUAUUACAGAGGCAUGAGGAAAAGAAAGCCAAGAGAAAUAGUUGAAUUGGAAAAAUAUUCUAGUUUAGCCAUUUAGGUCUAAAAUGGUCAAAUUCACUUUAAAUUCUCACUUUAAUAAAAAUUUAGUUUUCCUGUUUCUGCCUUAAUCUAAAAUUGUAAAUGCCUGCAGAAAAUGAUAGCAGUGUAAUACUGGUUCAAUCUCCCCUACAGUUCCAUUUCUUCUUCAUUUCUUUAAAAAUCAUUUUUUGUUUUUUUGUUUUGUUUGGUUAACUGUGCAAUUCCAGACAUACAAAUAAAAAGUUAUUGGUACAAUUAAGCACAUUCCUGAAUAGUAGAAGUCUAAUAUCUCAUGUGGAUACAAGGAAUCACCUAAUGUCCCAAUUCCAUUUCUGAGCAGAGAGUUCAUGAAUAUCACAUAUCAUCCUUCUUAUCCUCAAAUACUUCAAUCUUACAUGGUUGGUCACUACAGCCAAUGAUUUUUAAAUGCCGACGUGUGGGCAUAGUUCUCAAAAUUGAUCAGCGUUUAGAUUCAGCAUCUGAAUAGACAAGAAUGUCAUCCGGAUUUCAGCUUGUCUGAAUCCAACCAUUCUGCUGAUGCUAAAUAUCUGGCCUUAUACCAUUGGCAGUGAGUGGGUUAGCUAAUGUGGCAAGUGCCCUGCUCCUGCCAGCCACAGUGUAUUUUAAAUUAUUAUUCUAAAAGUGCUGAUUACAGUCGAAUUCGGUGUGUGCAGUAGCGCAGAUUCUAGAUAUGUGGCUACUGCAAGCCAAACUUUCAUUACCCCCAAAGAAAUACAGUAAAACAGACUAUAUGUUUAUAUGUUUAUUUUCUUUGUAGUUAUACCAUUAACCCUUAAGGACGGCGGGCGUUCUAUGCCGUCCUUAAGGAACUGGCUCUAAACGCCGGAGGGCGGCAUAGAACGCCCAAACCGUCCUUUCUAAUUCUACUUUCUGUCGCAGUAUGGGGACUCACCUGGGAGCCCAGGGAGUCCCCCUCCGUCCUAUUUGGACCCCCCUGGGCCAUGUGAUCGCAAGGUCCUUGCGAGAACCUCGUGAUCACAUGGACGGCAUAGCCGUCCAUGGCAUUGCCAGCAGGGGGAGUGCCUGGAAUGACAGGUACUCCCCCUGCUGUCUGAAAAAAAAUAAUAAUUCAAGUUUAAAACAGUGUAAAAUAACAUUAUAUAUACAUAGAUCAUAUAUAUAUAUAUAUAUAUAUAUAUACAUAUAUAUAUAUAUAUAUACACAUACAUACAUAUAUAUACACACACAUACAUACAUACAUACACUGUCUACGUGUAUUUUAAUAUUAAUAUAUAUAAUUAUAAAUAUAUAUUAUCAAAAUACACGUGUAUAUAUAUAAUCAAUAUCAUUGUACGUGUAUUUUGAUAAUAUAUAUUUAUAUUAUCAAAUAUAUAUAUAUAUAUAUAUAUAUAUAUAUAAUCUGUUAAUACGUAAAAUAAAUAAAUGAAAAAAAUAAUAAAAUAAAUGUUAAUUCGUUCUAACUGUAUUUUAACAUGAUAUAUAUAUAUAUAUAUAUAUAUAUAUAUAUAUCUAUAUAUCUCAAAAUGUGUAUGUAUAUUUAUUUAUGUAAUAAUUUUACAUAAUUAGGUAAUUUUAUUAAUUACAAUUAGCAGGGACAGCCUGACAACCCAACACAACUCGUCCAUUUGUUUGGGACAGAACCCCUUCUGUAUGGGUACCUGCACAAAUAAACAUCUCUACAUAUUCCAAAUACCAACCCAUCCAAGAGAUGGUCAGUUCCCGAUUUACCUGGAAUCCCUGAAUCUGACCAUUACAGAUACAUCAUCAUACAUAUAUAUGCCUUGCUUCCCCAAUGUGCUGGGAUCAUACGUGCAGGGUUAACAUCUUGUGUGUCAUAAGAAUUGAUUGUACCAGGUAACCGAGUUUCGGUUGGUGCUGGUUGUACAGUAACGUGAGGCCCAGCCUUGUGAGGGCUGUGGUGACCAACUCGAGAUUGCCAGUCUGUCAUAAAAUUUUUUGGCUCAUGAGUUUAUGAGUGAGGCUAGCAUAGCCUGGGUGUCACCUGAGUUGAUGUAGCUGGGCCUUCCCCUGCCUCCGUGUUGUCCGUUGAUGUAUGGAGGAGUUUGAAUAACUCUGCUUUCCUUGCUGUAGCAGGGUAGGGGAUUUGUCACCUCCUUAGGUCGGUGGUAAUGUGUGGGAUCGUCCAGGAUCUGAUUGCUGCAGGACUAGCAACAUCUCCUCUGCUUGAAGGUGUAUCAAUUCUAGCCAGGGUGCUAGGAAGAGGUGAUUCUUCACCAUCUUUUGGAGAAAUACUUAAAUAACAAUAAAGAUGCAAUUAUUUGUACCCAGGGUUCUUGUACUGGCUUGCUAGCUAAGCCGUAAGGCGAAACGAUUAGGCUUGGUGUUUUUUGGUGACUGGUGAGGCCCUGCUAGUUGCCAAGUGGCUUGAGAGGCUCUAUCUAUGCUUGGCGCGAGGGGAUUUUGUGUGGCCACCGAACAUUGUGGCAGGAUGUUGGCCUCUCGGUGACAGUAACCAGAAAAUAGGAAGGGGAGUGACAGGUGAGGCCCUCUCUAUGAUACAAUGCGAGGCGGCUAGCUCACGAGUGGCCCGAGGGGUGUAUGCCUCCGAGUGUGAGGCGGGGUGUUGGCCUCGCGGGACCACUAACCGAAGCAUAAUGCAGAGAAAAAAGGGGGUAAUACCUAUUGGGCCCUAGAACCCUAAUUGCCAGUACACUAUUACUAUUCCAGGGAAGGUAAGAGAUGGAUAACUACGUGAGCAGGUGUAUGUACCUGGUAGUAUGGUAUUGAACCUGACAAUCCGUAUAGGUUUUUUAGUAGUAACUGUAACCUGAAUGGAUAAAACCGUAUGGAAUAAGGAAAUAUGGCAUAGACCAAGCUUAUCUUAAUACGUACAGUAUAUGUGAAAAGUAAAGUGCCAUGAUGUGUAAAUAUUAAACAUCGUAGCCAUACUGGUUAAAUAUGUAUCAAUCUUAACCCAUUAAGUGCCGUAUGUACAAGUGAAAAUGUGGUCUGUCCCCACCUUGUAUGUUGUAUGUCCCCUUGCUAGGGGAAAGUCUGUUGCGUGAGCAGCGUGCUGUGAAAAAUGUAUGUGAACUAUAUUACCAGUUACGUAUAUACAGACGCGUCUGCUACUGUGUAAUAAUAUAUGUAUUUAUACCUGAUGUUGAUAUAGUGCUUGCUAUGAGAAUUGUUGUAUGUCUUAUUGAAUGGUAGGGGUCAGUGAACAUGGUGUUGCAAAAUGCAAGUGCACUGGAGAUCUGCCGAGUGCCCUAUAGGUGGCAGUGUAGUUGGAUACUGAUUGGUAUGUGAAAUGUUGUUUGUCUGUUGACCUAUAGGUGUAAGUGUUUUGGUGUUUGUAAAACCCCAUGAAAAUUGUCAAUGUACUUGACAGACCUGUAGGUGGCAGUGUUGAUAGAACCACUGUUGGUCUUGAUGUGAAAUGUAAAUUAUUGUGAAUUAAACCUGAAUUUGAGCCCGUGCUGGAGUUUCAUUUAUGGUUUAUGGUUAUGUUUAACCCCGUAAGGACCAAACUUCUGGAAUAAAAGGGAAUCAUGACACGUCACACAUGUCUUGUGUCCUUAAGGGGUUAAAACAAUCUUAUGUGUAAUUUAUAUUGGCUGGUAAAUUGUAUAUGACAUGUGAAGACAGUUUUGCUGUUGACCAGUAGGGGUCAUAAAUGCUGAUUGUAUGGUAAAAAUACCCUUUAACCCCUUAAGGACCAAACUUCUGGAAUAAAAGGGAAUCAUGACAUGUCACACAUGUCAUGUGUCCCUAAGGGGUUAAUCCUACCGUUUGACAGAUAGGAGUCAGUAUAAAAGCGAAAAUGCUGUAGUUAGUUUGUUUGCUUAUGAAGUGAAAUAAAGUCUGAGAAGACUGUAGUAUACCGAUUGACCGGUAGGGGUCAGCAUGUAGGCGAAAAUGCCGUGGUUCGUUGGUUUGUACAUGAAAUGCAAUAAUGUCUGAGAAGCCUGUAGUACACAGAAUGACUGGUAGGUGUCAGUGUGUAGGUGAAAAUGCAGUGGUUUAUUGUUUUGUACAUGAAAAGCAAUAAUGUCUAAGAAGCCUGUAGUUCACCGAAUGACUGAUAGGGGUCAGUGUGUAGGUGAAAAAUUAAGUGGUUUGUUGGUUUGUACCUGAAAUGCAAUAAUGUCGGAGAAGCCUGUAGUACACAGAAUGAACGGUAGGGGUCAGUGUGUAGGCGCAAAUGCAGUGGUUCGUUGAUUUGUACAUGAAAUGCGAUAAUGUCUAAGAAGCCUGUAGUCCACCGAAAGACCAGUAGGGGUCAGUGUGAAGGUGUAAAUGCAGUGGUUUAUUGGUUUGUACAUGAAAAUGCAAACAACGCCUAAGAAGCCUGUAGUACACCGAAUGACCAAUAGGGGUCAGUGUGUAGGUGAAAAAUGCGGUGGUUCGUUGGUUUGUACAUGAGAUGCAAUAAUGUCUGAGAAGCCUGUAGUACACCGAAUGACCGGUAGGGGUCAGUGUGUAGGCAAAGAUGCAGUUGUUCGUUGGUUUGUACAUGAAAUGCGAUAAUGUCUAAGAAGUCUGUAGUACACCCAAAGACCAGUAGGGGGUUUAAACCAAUGAUAUGCAUGAACAUGCAAUGGUUUUAGAACAGACUUAGACAAAAUGCAGCAGUAAAGUGAGGACCUGACCCUUGCAUGGUGCCGUGGGACUGAUGCCUGGCGUAAUGGGUAGGUCAACUUACGGUUUGUGAGUCACUUGGACACCAUCCACAGCGAUAGAUUGAAGAAAGAAGGUGGUAGGCCGGAAAAGCCUGUGGCUGGAUUCCUGACACAGCUCAGCUUAGAAAACCUCAUGGAGUAAUCAGGUAAAAUGGCGUCUGGAUGACCCGGAAGUGGAAAUCAUUCUGAUGCUGACCUCAAGCGAUAUGAGUCAGGUAAGGGGUGUCCCUUAUAUAGGGGAGUGAAUUAAUUUAAGCCCCUCCCACAAAUACAGGCAAAACUGCCUUAAUACAUAUAUAUAUCUAUAUAUCUCAAAAUGUGUAUGUAUAUUUAUUUAUGUAAUAAUUUUACAUAAUUAGGUAAUUUUAUUAAUUACAAUUAGCAGGGACAGCCUGACAACCCAGGCCAAAAGUCCAGGGAAUUUAAUUUGCUAGCACUAUAUUUAACCCUGUUACUUUCCAAGACACCAUAAAACCUGUACAUGGGGGUACUCUUUUACUCAGAAGACUUCGCUGAACACAAAUAUUAGUGUUUCAAAACAGUAACAUGUUUUACAACGACGAUAUUGUCAGUGAAAGUGACAUUUUUUGCAUUUUUCACACCCAAAUGGCACUUACAUGGACAAUAUAAUUGCUGUGAUACAUUUUACGGUUUUGUAAUAUUGUGUUCAGCGAAGUCUCCCGAGUAUAACAGUACCCCUCAUGUACAGGUUUUAUGGUGUUUUCCAAAGGUAGAGAGUCAAAUAUAAGGCUUAUGAAAAAAUGUAACAUGCUAUAUUUGACCCUGUAACUUCCCAAAACAUAAAACCUGUACAUAGGGGUUACUGUUUUACACAUGAAACAUCGCUGAAUGCAAAUGUGUGUGUUAUUGCAGUAAAAUCAAACAGUAUUAUGACAUUCACAGUUAAAAUGUCACGUAGAACUUAACAUUUUUAAAAAAUUCUUAUUUUCUCCCAUUUUUAAAAAUAUUUUAUUCAUAUUAAAUUAUGUUUUAUACCUAAAUAUUUGAUGUUAAAUGAAAGCCCUGUUUCCCCUGAAUAAAAUGAUAUAUAAUAAGUGUGGGUGCACAUAAUAUGAAAGAGGUGAAUUACACCUGAACAGACAAAUAGCGCAAAUUCAAGUUUUUGUUUACGUUUUGUUUCGAUCACAGUGUGUACAUUUGGCUCAGUCCUUAAGGGGUUAAAUGCUUUUUUUUUUCCCCUUUAAAAAUACUAGUAACUGGGCAGCUAUGACAAUUCUUAUAUGCAACCCUUGUAAAAACAAAACAAAAAAAAAACUACGUUGCUGAAUUAGAAAAUGUGAUCUGAUAAAUUAUAGCAAAAUGUAUUUUUCCACGGACGUUCCCACUUUUUUUUUCUCUACGCAUACAAAUCUUGAGAUUGACCAGCAGAGCACAUCCAGGCAACCAAUUAUCAACCACUAAAAGCCUCUUCGCUGAAUGUUCCAUCCAUUAGCUUUGUUUCCUAUCAGAUAGAAAUUAUCCACUUCAAGUCACACUACUGUAUUGUUGUGACCAGUUUCAGUAGAAAUGAUUUGCUUGUAGCCUUGUCUAAAUGAAUGGAACUAUAUUUGGAGCAGGUUUUUUUAGUGUUAAUUGAGGCAAAGUUAUAAACACUGAUUCUGUAUUCGUGUUCUGGAAAACUUUAUUAUAUUAACCUACCUCUACAUGCAACACGUAUCCGAUCCCCUUGCUAGUUAUUCCUGGAAUGCCUCCUGGACCAUAUUUCUUUAUAAAAAGAUAAUUUACCGUUCAUACUAUAAAAUUGUUUUUUCAUUCUAUCUUGGGAGUGUAAUUUGGCUGGUUAUUUUAGUCCAGGUGGGUGGCUCAGGAUUUAACCAAUCUCUAGCCAUACAUAUUUGAAUUGCUAACAGUAUAUUUACAAUUAAGUAUUUGUUUGGCUUAAUUACAGGGAGAUCCAAAUUAAAAAGCCAAGUUUGUGAUUCAAGCUUAAAGUUUCUCCGCAAUAAUUUGGAUAUUUUUUUAUAUUUUAGUUUCUGUUAUUGAUUUUAAUUCCUGAAUUUUUUUGACACUUCCACCAUACAUGUAGUAGUGUGCCUUGUGUAUAAGAACACAUCCAGCAUUCCCCUUUCUUUAAUUUGUUAAAUUUGCUUACACGCCACGGACCAUAUACCAACGAUUUAUUAACUCCUGGAGAUUUAUAGAAUGUACACAUUUUUUAGCCAUCACCCAAUAUUCUAUCCAUUUCUCGAAAGGUAUACAAGCCUCCAAAUCUCUUUUUUUCUAUUUCUUCAUAGAUAACAAUUUUAACGUUUGUUAAUUUUUUUUUAAAUUCAGAAUUUUUAACUUUGAGAUAAUUUUAGUACUGGGAGCUUUUGGUAUGAGCUCAUCAAGUUUAGUUGUAGGAGCAACCACCUUGUCUUUUAAGAAGUUUUUAAAUCUGAGAUAAGUAAAUAUAUUGCUGUUAGUUAGAUCCAUUUCUUUUUUUAAAUCUUGAAAAGGCAGUAUCACUCCUAACGGGCAAACAGCCUCUAAAUUUUCAACUCCUUUACCAAUCCAGCUUGAUAGAUCUAAAUCUUUAACAUAAUAAUUCAGGACAAUUAAUAGAGUAUCCAGAGAUAAAUAAUAUUUACAGCCCAUCUCUGCUCUCAACCUUGCCCCCGUCUUAAUUGCAUCUAAAAAAGUGGGAUUUAAUAACUUCAGUCUUCUGGCCUGUGAAGGCUUAAUCCAGUAUAUAUGAGGAGGCAAUAUUUUCCCCAUCUGAUAACUUUCACAGUGAAACCACCCUUUUAACUUAUUUUGUUCCAGACCCCAUGCCACCAAGUGUGAAAACAUAGUUACAUCAUGCAAAACAGCAGUGGAACAUUUUUUUUGGUUCCUACGGUAGUUGCUACACUUUUAGAACUUCACUCCAUAAUUGUUUUAUUUAUAUAUACCACCAAUAAAUCCCUAACUUAUAUAGUUUAUUGCAAGCUAUGUUGUGUUUCUUGGUAGAUGUUCUGCUCACAUAAAGCAACUUGUAAAGCUGUUAGUCUGCUGAAAUCAUACAUUUUUAAUAAUAAAUUACAAACUGUGAACAUCUCGGACAAGGUCUUACACGGUUGCAUGUGCUUCUGGUGUCCAGGAGAUUAUUAUUAUUAUUAUUAGUAGUAGUAGUAGUAGUAGUAUUUAUAUAGCACCAGUGUAUUGCACAGCGCUUUACAAUAAAAGGGGAAUUUACCAAAUGAGACAGUAACAAAAUGUAACAGGAACAAUAGGUAGUUGAGGACCCUGCUCAAACGAACUAACCGUCUAGAGGAGGUGGGGUAUAAAAACACAAUAGGAACGAUGUUGAGAGACACAGCAAAUGGACAUGGUGGGAAAGUAGCAGAACUGGAGGUGAGAGUGGAGUGUGGCCCUAUAGGAGAGAGCGAGAGGAAAGUUUGAGAGAUAGAAGUUACUCUUGGAUGCCAUAAGCAUUCCUGAAAAGAUGGGUUUUGAGGAACUUAUUAAAGGAUUGAAGACCAGGGGUAGGCAGGCUGUUCCAAAGGAAAGGAGCUGCCUGUGAGAAGUCUUGCAGGCGUGAAUUUGCAGUAGGGGUGCGAGCAGCAGAAAGGAGAAGGUCACCAGAAGAGCGGAGAGACAGAGAGUGGGCAUACCUAUGAAUCAGAGAAGAAAUGUAAGAGGGGUUAGGGUUAGUAUUUUAAAUUGACCCCUGUAGGGUACAGGAAGCCAGUGUAAGGAUCGACAGAGGGGUGAGGGGAGCUACAGGAGAGAAAGAACAGCCUAACAGCAGCAUUCACCACAGAUUGUAGGGGUGCAGGACGGCUUCUGGGGAGACCAAUUAGGAGAGCAUUACAGUAAUCGAUGCAAGAGAUUACUAGAGCAUGAACAAGCUUUUUGGCAGCAAUUUGCGUAAGAAAGGUGCGUAUGCGGCUAAUGUUUGUAAGUUGGAAUCGACAGGUUUUAGCAACAGACUAGACAUGAGGCGCAAAGGUGAGGCCAGGUUUAAAAGUGACACCAAGACAGCGAGCUUGAAAGGAAGGGGUGAAGCGGGUACUGUCAACCUGCAGGGAGAGUGAAGGAGGAAGAUCAGUGUUAUCAGGUGGAAAAAUAAGAAAAUCGGUUUUAGAGAGAAUGAGUUUCAGAACAAAGAAUAUCACUUUGAUUUGGUUUAAUUAUUGCCCAUUCUGCUACUGACAGGACACUGGAUUAUAUUAUGAUCGCUAUCUCCGGGAAGUGGUUGAAGUGCUGGAAACAGAUCCACAUUUUAGAGAAAAGAUUCAGUCUGCUGACAUUGAAGACAUUAAGGUUUGUGGCUGUGGGUUUGUACGUGGUGUUAAGGUGGGGUGCACUAGGCUUUGUAGGCAGUACAAUGCUUCUGGGCAGAAAAAGGUACACAGAUUUGGAAGGGAAAAAUAAUUUUGACUCAAGGCAGGUUGUGGUACAAAGCUUGCGAUGAGGGGAGUAGAGUAGCAAAUGGUUCUGCAGUUGGAUAGGCAGCUACAAGGCUCUGCAACUGAAAGGAAGUGUAACAAGACUCUAGAGGGGGAAGACUGUUACCCAUAGAUUUUUUUUCGGGAGGGGGAGAACAGCACAAUGGUCUGCAUAGGGAAAAGGCAACAUUAAAACGUUGCAGGGGCAAAAGAAGCAACCAACUGAAUGUUCGUAGAGUUCUGCUUUCCUUCUGUGCCAUGCUACCUUAGGUGAUAUUUGGAGUAAAUGUUUAAAUAUAUGGAUAGAUUAUGCCUCCUUAGUGUAUAGUAAAUAGACUUCAUAUUAAUCUGUGGGAUUUUUUUUUUUUUUUUUUUGCUUGUUACAGAGCGGUAAAAUUAGCAAAGAGUUAGACUUGGUGAGCCACAAUAUCCGAACUAAACUGGACGAGCUCAAGAGGCAAGAAGUGGCGAGACUACGAGUGCUUAUCAAGGCAAAGAUGGAUGCAUCUGAAAGUGAGACUUUCACAUAAAGUUUAAAAAAUAUAUGAUGGUUCACCAAACAAAACACAAUCAGACUAGGCAGCCUGUGUCUUGUGUCAUUCUAGGGACAGAUACAGGAACUUCAGGCCCAUUCCAUGGCCUCCUUUUACCUUCUAGUCUUUAGUGUGAAAAGCAUGGAGUACCAAAAAUGCAAAUGCUGACAUAUUCCUGAUUCUUUAAAGUUCUAUAUUUUUCAAUUAAAGUAACAAUCCAAUCUCUGAAAGCACUGAAGCCCUGUGUAGUUCUUAUGGUGCCAGAAGUGCUUUGCGUCAUCCUGCAGUAAGAUUUCAAGCUGUUUUUAGCAUGGUUUGUAAACUUGCUUCAGUUCCAUGGAGCACUCACACUGCCAGCAGGAGAAGCUGGAUGGCUCUUUGCAAUUAAGCAGAGCUGAUUUAGUAAUUGGUUGAAAGUUCCAGCUGAAUGCUCUCAACCAAAGAUUUUUAUCUUUCAUCUGUACUAAAACAGUUUCAUAUCUCACCGUGGGAAGAUGUCAAGGCAACGCCUGGCAAUAUAACUACUACUCUAUGCUGUAGUGUUCAUUUAAUAAUGAGCAUGUGGAUGCCCACCUGAAUCUAAUUUGGCUUCUAAUAAGCAAUAGAGGUAAAUGUAUAAUGCUCACAGUUUGUUGAUGUCCUAUGUAAAAAAAAGUCAUCAUGUCAUGAUAUUGCUCAUGUUGCUAACUAUUUAAAGGCCUGCAUGACCUUUUGGUUUGCAAUCUGCUUUUAUCGCAGUUGGUUAUCCCAACAUACCUGAAGUGGAUUCAGUGUAUCUGCAUGUACACGUCCUUCAAUGCGUUUUGCAUACUUAAUGGAAACAUUUUGACUUUUCCGUUUCAGAGACUGGUAUUGAUCACCGGAUGCUGCUCAAGCAAUUCGACCACCUUAACCAUUACAACCCACACUCCUUCGAACCAAAGGACUUGGAUCUUCUGAUCAAAGCAGUAAGUAAAAAUUUAUUCCUAACGCUUUAGUGUCCUUCUGCGCAUUGCUGAAUGUCUGCCCUCCGUAUUGAAAGGUUUUAAAAAAACAACUUUUUUAUACAUUUGCCUCUUUCCAGUGUCAUGGCAAUAGGUAAAACAAUACACAUGAGUUGUGCGCAUUAGACUUUCCCUAUAGGAAAGCAUUGAAAUAAUGCAUUCUUUUGGGGGAUUUGAAGAUGCUGAACAUUUUCAUGGAAAGCGUGAGGAUAUCCAGCUUUGUUUCAGAGUUAAACUACAAGGAUGCUCCUCUAGUGGCUGUCUAGAAGACAGCCACUAGAAGUGGAGUUAAACCUGCAGUUUCUCUAAAACUGCAAUAAUUAACAUUGCAGUGUUAAGGGGAAAGGGACACAGCACCCAGACCACUUCAAAAAGAAAACGUGGUUUGGUUGCCUACAGUGUCCCUGUAUGGAUAAAUCUUUAGAAACAAUGUGAAAAGUGUGUAAUGAACUAUGACUCUGAUUGGAUGAUUGUUUUGUAGAGCGUAGCCAGAGACCUGUGCUAACGCUGUCUGGUUCAAUUAAUUCACUGGCAUGUGCUAAACCCCACCAAUUAAAGAUGGAACAAUGGCAACACUUUUCUAAUAUUGGUACAAAGCAAAACAAAUCUGCACUAUAGUAUCAGCUGGAAAAGAUAGUAAAGCCACAAGUAUACAGGCUCAACGAUCACUGGCGUACAUACCUCGGUCGCAGCUGUGACCCGGGUAUGUACGCCAGUCCGGCCACAUUUUGCCAGCCUCUUCCUCCCAGAAGCCCUAGGCUGGCGGUGGUGUCACUUGGCGCGUGCAAGGGAGCUUUCUCCCCUGAGCGUUCUCUUCCCAGCUUCCUCGUGCGCACCACAGUGAUGCCGGAGCCGGAAUAUGACAUCGCUCCAGCAUCAGUAAGUGGCGCGCGAGGGAGCUGAACAGGAGGAUCAGUGCUCCCUCGCCGCCUGCAGUGACCGGCCGUCUAGCAGUCCCACUGAACCCCACGGAAAGCUGGAAUGCCCUCAGCACUCCAACAGGUAGGGAGGCUGUGGGAUUAAAUUAAAAAAAAAUAUAUGCGUGUUUAUGUGUGUCAGUGAGUGUGUUAGUUUGUGUGUGUCUGUUAUUGAGUGUGUGUGUGUCAGUGAGUGUGUUACUGUGUGUGUCAGUGUGUAUCAGUUAUUGAGUGUGUGUGUGUCAGUGUGUAUCGGUUAUUGUGUGUGUGUGUGUCUGUUUCUGAGUGUGUUACUGUGUAUGUCUGAUACUGAGUGUGUUUGUUAGUGAGUCUGUUUGGUGUCUGUGAGUGAGUGUGUUUGUCAGUGAGAGUGUAUGUUUUGUAAGUGAGUGUGGAUGUGUGUCUGUAUGUCUGUCACUGAGUGUGUGUCUGUCAGUAAAUGUGUGUGUCUGUGUCUGUUCGUGAGAGUGUGUGUGUGGUUAAAACCCCUUCAGCACUUACCUUUCUCCAGCUCUGGGCUCCCUGGGCGUUGGGGAUCUCUCCGCCCCGAUCCGCCUCUCGGCUCUGAAUGCGCAUGCGCGGCAAGAGCCGCACGUGCAUUCAAACCGCCCAUAGGAAAGCAUUACUCAAUGCUUUCCUGUGGACGUCAAGCGUCUUCUCACUGUGAUUUUCACAGUGAGAAUCGCGGAAGCGCCUCUAGCGGAUGUCAGUGAGGCCGCUACUAGAAGCUGGAUUAACCCUCAGUGAAACAUUGCAGUUUCUCUGAAACUAUGUUUUCAGCUGCAGGGUUAAAACUAGAGGGACCUGGCACCCAGACCACUUCAUUGAGCUGAAGUGAUCUGAGUGCCUAUAGUGGUCCUUUAAGUGUAUGUGUAUCUGCAUGCACUGGCGUACAUACUGUGGUCGCAGGGGUCGCGGCCCUUUGACAGCUGCGACCAGGUGUGUUGCGGCCCCGGUCCGCGCAGAGUAAGCGCCCGGGGGCGGGGGGGUGUUUUCAAGUGUGUGCAUAUCCUUUUCAGUAACCAUAUUCAAAUCCCCAAGUUAUCACAAGAUACUGAGAUUCCAUGAAUUCCUUCAGAUUCCAUUUUGUUUACUUUCUCACAGAAGCCUUGAUAUUCCUGAUGAUGUACAUCCUCUUAUCUUCUAAUAUGAGAUUUCUUGCUGAUCUGUCGAGAUGGCACUCUGUCGCCUUCUUAAUUAUUGGAAUGUCCUUUACUUCAAGGUCUACAUAUACUUUAAGGCCAAGCAUGUGUAGACACCUAACCAUUAAACCUUAUUAGACAGCAUAUUCCGAAACCAUGGGCAUUGAUAUGGAGUUGGCAUCCUGCUGGCAGUUAUGACAUCUGUCAGUCUUUUAGGAAGGUGUUCUACAAGAUUUUGGAGUGUGCCUCUGAGGUCAGGCGCUGAUGGUGGGUGAGGAAAAAUCUGGCUGGCAAUCUGCUUGCUGUUUCAUCCCAGAGGUGUUACAUAGCUGAAAAGAAACGUGUCAGUGAAGUUCAACCUUUCUCACAUUUGUUUUUGCUGUUGAUUCAAAGGAAGGCAAGAAAAAAAACCUGUUUGAAGCGCUUCUAAUUUUGUAGAAAAUUACUUCUUGACCCUAGAAUGGCAGUCAGAUAUCUCCUUGGAUCAAGAGGCUAUUACACCAUUAAUUAAAAAUCAUAUCCCUGAAUAAUAUGUUUUUGCAAGUACUUAUCUUGAUAUUUAAACAUCUUUAUAGACUCCGGUAACAACACCUCUUCAGACAGAGAACUCUGCAUCCUUAUAUUUCUUACUGUAAAAAAAAAAAAAUCUUUCUUUUGCCUUAAACCAAAUCUAAUUUCUUCCAGUCUAAAUGCAUGACCUUUGGUCCUAUGUAUAGUUUAUGAGGAAAAAAAAAAAAAGGGGGACUGCACACACUCAUAAAAAAAAAAUCACAGGGCAUAGGUCAGCAUAUCCCAUAAGAACAGAUAUAAAAAAAAAAAAUUCUCAGGCACUCACUGUGAUAAAUCAGGCAUAUUUAUUGGACACUGCAACGUUUCGACCUAUUAUUAUUGCCAUUUAUAUAACGCCAACAGAUUCCGUAGCGUUUAAAAAUAUUAUGGGAGGGGGGAUUUAACUAUAAAUACGACAAUUACAAGAAAACUUACAGGAAAGAUAGGUUGAAGAGGACCCUGCUCAAACAAGCUUGCAUUCUAUAGGAGGUGGGCUGUAAAACACAAUAGGACAGGAAUUCGCAAUCAAAUAAGGUGGGAGUGAAGCAGAGCUAGAGGAUAGAGUAGAGUGUUGCCCUUUAGGAGAGAACAAGAGGCAGGUGUGUAAGGUAGAGGUUACUCUGGGAGGCCAUACGCUUUCCUAAAGAGAUGGGUUUUAAGGCACUUCUUAAAAUAUGCAAAACUAGGGGAGAGUCUGAUGGCAGUAGGCAGGCUAUCCAUAGGAAGGGAGCCGCCCACGAGAAGUCAUGCAAGCGCAAGUUGGCCGUACGGGUGCGAACAACGGACAGGAGGUGGUCACGGGCAUAGCGGAGAGACUGAGAAGGGACAUACCUAUGGAUCUGUGAGGAGAAAUAAGAGGGGCUAGAAUUGUGCUUUAUAGGUGUGAGUUAGUACCUUGAAUUGACUCCUAAAGGAUACAGGAAGCCAAUGUAAGUACUGACAGAGGGGUGAGGUGUGAGAGGACCAACUAGAGAGGAAAAUCAGUCUGGCAGCAGCAUUCAUUAAGGACUGUAGUGGUGCAGUACGGCUUUUGGGAAGACCAAUCAGGAGAGGGUUACAAUAAUCCAUGCAGGAAAUUACUAGAGCAUGGACAAGCUCCUUGGUAGCAUCUUGCAUAAGAAAGGGGCUGUAAUGGAGUCUUACCUGAUAGGGAGUCCAGCUCGCAGAGUUAUACGCUCACCCUUGCAAAGUAGACACAGACUAGGGUGACCAGGUAAGACGCCACCUGGCCUGUGAGUCUGUGCACGGGGGCUUUCCAGGAAAAGUGCUCCAAGUCUCAGUACAACAGGGAUAAGCAGAAGCGUGGUCAAGGGAAGCCAAAAUCAGGGAAGCCAGAGGUCAGAGUAGUCCAGGAGGAAAGCCAAGGUCAGAAGCCAGAAUUAGACAAGAAUCACUGGAACGCAGGUACGGAGUAACAGGAACCAAACAAGGGAACCAGAGUCAAUGAACUGACACCCCUCCCAGGGUGAGGCAGGCUUUUAUACUUUGUUAAUUAGGUAUCAGAUUCAGCUGGAGAGUUACUGACAGAUCCGAGCCUUUGGUGAAGUCCAGCCCCCUAGUGCUGCAGGCAAUACAAGAAUAAACAGGAGUUAUCCAAAGUCCUGAAAUGGCUCAGAGGGAAGAUAGCAGGAUACGGUGUAGAACAACCGCAGUUCAAAUCCCCUAUCAGGUGCUUCUGGAGCGACCACGUCUGGCAGACUGGAUGUCACGGCGUGAACCGUGACGGGCGGUUGCGGGCUAUGUUUUUAAGAUGGAAUCUACAGGAUUUGGCAACAUACUGGAUGUGAGGCUCAAAGGUGAGGCCAGAAUCAAGUAUGACGCCAAGACCGCACGCUUGCAAGGACGGACUUAUGUGAAUACCACUAACUUAAAGGGAGAGCGAAAGAGGAGGAUCAAUAUUAGGAGGAGGAAAGACAAGGAACUCUGUUUUAGAGAGAUUGAGUUUCAGAAAGCGGGAGAACAUCCAGUCAGAGAUGGAAGAAAGGCAAGCAGUGACACGUUGCAGGACAGCAGGAGAGAGGUCCGGGGAGGAGAGAUAUAUCUGGGUGUCAUCAGCGUACAGGUGGUAGUGGAAUCCAAAAGCGGUAAUAAGUUUGCCAACAGAGGCAGUAUAAAGAGAAAACAGAAGGGGACCAAGGACAGACACCUGGGGGACUCCAACUGAGACAGGACGAGGGGAGGAGGUAUCAUUAGAAAAGGAGACAUUGAAUGAGCUUUGGGAGAGAUAAGAGUAAAACCACGAAAGGACAAAGUCACAGAGACCGAGUGAUUGAAGAGUUUGAAGAAGGAGAGCAUGAUCAACGGUGUCAAAGGCAGCAGAGAGGUCACGAAGAAUUAUUAUGGAGUAGUGGCCUUUGGAUUUAGCUGCGAUUAGGUCAUUAGUAACUUUGAUAAGCGCAGUCUCAGUAGAGUGGAGAGGGCGGAAGCCAGACUGAAGAGGGUCAAGGAGAGAGUUGGAAUUGAGGAAGUGAGACACACGGGUAAAGCCAAGUCUUUUCAGAAGCUUUGAGGAAAAAGGGAGCAGGAUAUAGGACGAUAGUUAGAGGGGGAGGACGGAUCAAGAGAUGGGUUUUUUUCAGGAUAGGUACUACAGUGGCAUGUUUAAUAUCAGCAGGGACAACACCAGAAGAGAGAGAGCAGUUGAAGAUGUGCGUUAAGGACGAUACAAGACAAGUGGAUAGAGAUCUGAUAAGGUGAGAUGGAACAGGAUCGAGUGGGCAAGUGGUGGGGCAAGAGGAAAAGAGAAGCGCAGCCAUCUCUUGGUCAGUAGCCAGAGAGAAAGUCUCAAGGGUGGGAAAGGCAUGAUCUACGUGUGGUUGAGAAAGAGAGGGGAGAAUUCUUUCCUUAGCUGUUCAAUCUUGUCGGUAAAGUAGCAUGCAAAGCUAUCGGUUGUAGGGUUAGUUUGGGGGAUGGCCACAGCAGGGCUGAGAAGAGAGUUAAAGGUGUCAAAGAGACGCCUGGGAUUGCGGGAGCAUGAACUAAUGAGAGAGGAAAAGUAGGACUGUUUGGCGAGGGCAUAUUCCCUCUGAGGCACAGUUUUUCAAAACUAAAGAGAUUUAAAUUUGUUAACCUUUCCUCAAAAGUAAAUGCUCCAUUCCUUUUAUUCAUUAUGUAGCCCGCCUCUGCAGUUUUUCCAGUGUCAUAAUAUCCUUCUUUAAAACAGGUGCCCAAAAUUGCACAAUAUAUUCAAGGUGUGGUCUUACCAGAGAUUUAUAAAGAGGCAAAAUGAUAUUUUCAUCUCGAGAAUUUAUGCCCCUAUUUAUACAUUACAAUACCUUACUGGCUUUCACAAUGCCAAUUGACAUUGCACAUUGUUGUCUAGUUUGUUGUAUAUAUCAAUUCCCAAAUCCUUCUCGUGUUGUUAUCCUAAUUCACUACUAUUUCGGUUUCAUCUGCCAUUUGAGUGCCCAGUCCCCCCAAUCUAUCUAAAUCCUUCUGCAGCAAAACAAUAUCCUGAUCACAUUGUAUUACUUUACAGAGUUUUGUGUCAUCUGCAAAAACUGAAACAUGACUUUCAAAGCCUAUUUCAAUCAUUUAUUAAUAUAUUAAAUAAGAGCGGUCCCAGAGCAGAACUUUGAGUGACACCACUUACCACUUUUGUCCAGCUUGCUAAUUUACCAUUAAUGUACUCUAUCUUUAAGCCAAUGUUCUACCCCAAAAAAAGAAUUUUCAUCUAGACCAAUUUCUUUUAGUUUGAAGACUAUUGUAAGGAACCCAAAAGACAACUAGGGAGUUGUAGCUACUCUAGUCGUGUUUUAAACUGCACAUACAAAUAUACUCCCAAUAGUGGGAUAUGAUUUUAAUAGUAAGAUGUUAAUAGUGAAGUUGGAGGGAAAGUACCACUUAAUCUGGGGUGUAACCAGUUAAAACUGAAAAGGUAUGUUGGGGAUGCAGCUUGUUAUAUAGAAAGUAUCCCUACACUUUCUUAUACAAUAAACACCAGUAGAAAUGUAAAAGAAGCGCAAAAUUACAUAUUUUUUUUCCAUAUAAAAGAAAACAUUUUAUUGUCUUUUUAAAGCAUAAAAUAUAUAUAAAACUAUGUAUACUGAUUAUAUACUUAGAUACAGUUAUCUUGUUUUAAGAUUUAACCUGUUGUACUAAAUAAAGUGUGCACACUAUUUCAAAAAUAUAAAAAAGAAAAAAUGAAAAAACUAAAUAUAUAAUAAAAAUAUAUACAACAAUGGGUAUAUGAAAAAAGCUUGAGGGAAAAAAAGGUCUAUAUGUAAAAAGAGAUAAACUUAAAAAGUCCAACCUGAUGAUUGAAGAGAGAGCUCUCUUUUUCCUCCUGAUCUUGUAUCCUUAGUCUCCUUGUCAGUAUAUCUGUGGACAGCUCAGUAAAGGGCUAUGCAGAAAAAAACCUUCUUUUGGAGAAUGAAAUAGAUGUCAGCCGUUUUCCUCUUCUUCAUAUACUGAUGCAGAUCCUGUUAUCUGUUGUUUCUAAGUAGUUGGUGGGAGAGUGGAGGUGUGUUCUUCACUCCAGUCACUCGUGGGGUAUUGGGGAUUCCUCUAUGUGAUGACGUCGGAGCAUAGCUGCAUGUGUAUGCAGUUGCUUGUCCUUGAUCUCAGUGGGGGGUCCUGUUGCAAAGUGCCGAUAGUUCCAGUUCCUACGCGUUUCGUAAGGCUGCCCUUACUUCGUCAGGGAAAAGUAGUGGAGUAAAGAAUGUGGAAAAGGACAUCCUUGUAUAGGGUCUUUAUUUUAAUUGGUUCAUGUUUUGGCUACAUAAUAAUAUUGUAUAAAAGAGAUACAUACAUAAUAAUAACUUAGGGCUAGAGUAGCUAGAUGUAUCCCUUUUAUAAUAUGAAAUGAACUGAAAUAAACAUUUUCUAUAUGCAUGCAUAGUAAUUAGUUCGGGUUGUGGUCUCUAUUCACUAGAUUUAUCCAUUAUAUAAUAUAAAGUGAACUGGAAUGAACAUGAGUUAUAUACAUGCAUAGUAAUUAAUUCGGGUUGUGGUCGUUAUUUGCUAGACUUGCCCCUUAUGUAAUAUAAAAUGAACUGCAAUAAACAUGAGUUGGAAGUGACAUUGCUACAUAUAUUUACAAUUUAGUUUAUUGGAAGUAACAGUGAAUUAGAAGCUACAUUCUAAUUAAUUCUAAGCAGAUAUGGUGUAGUCGUUUGUGGUCUACAGUUUUAGUGUGUACUAUAAAUUUUUUGCAAAAUGCUUUAUCGAUAAAGUGAGUAUUAUUAUCUUAUAACUUGCUUUGCCUCUUUCUGCCUAAUAUUAUAUAUCGGACUAUAUUCCUCACUCUGUAUUGUUUUUUUUUUUUUUUUUUUAAAUAUAUAAUUAAAUGCUAACUUUUUUAAAAUUUUUUUAUUUUUUUUAAUUUCUUUUUACUAUUUUGGCCACUUCUGGGGAGUUCCACAGUAGUUUCUUCAAUGUUGUGCUCUUACUGACAAGCCUAAUGCAAUUUUCUGUUGCCUUCAGUAGUGCGACUUUUAAAUAAUCCUAUUUCUCCUGAACUCCAUUUAAACCACUCCAGUCUGAUAAUGACUCCUUUACACAUAUUGUAAUUUUAGAAAAGUCUGUUUUUCUAAAGUCUAAAAUUUUUUUGUUUUUGUGUGGUGUGACUGUCACUGUUCUUAUAUUAAACCACAAUGAUUGAUGAUCACUGGAUCCUAAACUCUUACCUACAGUAAUAUCUGAUACGAAAUCUCCAUUUGUUAACUCUUCUAGUAUGGCCUCCUCAUGAGUUACCUCCUCGAUAUCUUGUUUUAGAGACAAUCCCAGUAGGGAGUUUAGAAUAUGUGUACUCCUGGCACAAGCAGCUAUUUUGGUUUUCCAGUUCACAUCAGGAAGAUUAGUCACCCAUGAUGAUAACUUCCACCUUUCAUUGUCAUUUUAGCUAUUUCCUCAACUAGUAGAUUAUCUAACUCUUCAAUUUGUCCUGGGGGCCUAUAAAUCACACUUACACGAGUUACUGUGUGAUUACCAAAUUCUAACGUAACCCAAACGGACUCUGUUUGCCUCACUAACUUUUAUUAGGUUAGAUUUUAUGUUAUCCUUAACAUACAGGGCCACCCCUCCCACUUUCUUGCCUUCCCUGUCUUUUCUAUAUAAAGAGUACCCUGGUAUUGCUAUGUCCCAGUCAUUUUUCUCAUUAUACCAUGUCUCAGUAACAGCCACUAAAUCUACAUUCAGUUGCCAUUAUUGCCACAAGUUCAUGGAUCUUAUUCCCUAAACUGCGAGCAUUUGUAGACAUGACUCUAAGCUUAUCAUUUUUAACACACUUGCUAAAGGCACCUUCUGUCCUUGUUUUGGGGGGCAAUUGGAUUGAUGUUUUAUCACCCUUUUGCCCCCCCCUCCUAGUUUAAAUACAUCCUAGCAAAACCUCUGUACUGCUCACUGAGAACAUUUGUUCCCUUUUGAGAAAGAUGCAAACCAUCUUUUUUGUACAGUUUAUUUCCAUUCCAAACAGAGCUACCAUGAGAAAUAAAGCCAAAUCCUUGCUCCGGACACCAUUCACCAAGCCACAAGUUAAAGUCCCUAAUACGCUUCUGCCUGUCGUUUUGAGUGUUAUGCACAGGCAGAACUUCAGAGAAUGUAUACACAUACAAAAUAUAUAUAUAGUAAGCAUUCAACUAUAGUUCUGGUAACCCAGUGUAACAUGCACUAAUGGAAACAGGGUGCUAGAAAUGGGAGAAAAAGUUAGCUCACCAUUUCAUGUCAAAAAAUGUUUAUGUAAUACACCAAACAGUCAAUAUAUAAUAUUAAGUGCAUAACCUGCAAAUGUAUACACAAUAAAUAGACAUAAAUAAAGUGCAAACAGAUUACCCACUAGAUGUUCUAUCAUAUGUACUGACCUAGGGCUGAAGACCAAAACUUCCCAACGUAUGGUUGUUGCCUUCUUCCCCUUCAAGCUAGCUCCUUGGACAUUUAAAAUGACAUGGGUAUGUAUUCAAGCAAAGGUGUCUGACUGUUACAAGGCUGUUCAAGCCUAUGGUUGGCAGGGUAUUGUGAGAGCUGUAGAGAAAAAUGACUGAGGGUUGUUGUUUUUUUGUUUUUAUCUUUUGUAAAGAUUUUAUAAUCUGGUUUUCUCCAGGCGACAAAAGAUUUGGAGAAUUACGACAAAGAACGUCACGAUGAGUUCAAAAGGUAUGAAAUGAUGAAGGAACAUGAAAGGAGAGAAUAUCUAAAAUCCCUUGAUGAGGAAAAGAGAAAGAUCGAGGAAGCAAAGUAUGAAGAAAUGAGGAAAAAGCACAAAGAACAUCCAAAAAUGAACCAUCCUGUGAGUGUUCAUUUAUGUGUUUACUUAUGGUUAGAGAAAGUCUGCUGUGGACUGUAUUGAGCCAAUUUUGACGUAAACAAAGGGAAUGUAUUCAGUACAUUAAUUGAUGUGGCUAACCCAUUUCUUGAGGGUAGGUCCAAUCUAGUAUGAUGAAGACUGUUAUCAGAACUCAUCCAAGAGAGUUUAUUGUUUUUAUUCUGAUGGUAACAGCAAUGGCAAGCAGUAUUUGUGGAGGGGUGAUUUCCAACUGCGAGUUCCUAUCAACUAAAAAAUGGCGCGAUGCUAAAAUUGAGGAAGUCAGACACCCCCUGGCUGUCUAUCAGACAACCGGUCUUUUUACUUCCUGGUUUAUUUAGCUCGGUGGCUCCCAGUGCACCUGCCUUGCAAAGACUUCUCAUUUAGCUGCAUUGGGAACUGAUUGGACAGCCACAGAAAGUCUAGGCAGGGUUAAAAGGGGAGGACUUUACAUGCUGUUUUUAGAAAUACCCACAUUAAAAAAUGCAUAAUUAAAUGCAUGAAUGUUUUCAUUGGUGGUAUAUGGUAUAUCUACUAAUCAAUUAUCCUUUCUGAGUGCAUUUUUUCACUAGUAAUUUUGUUCCCUUCACUGUUAAAUGAAUUUUGGCUAAAAUUUGUAUCAAAGGACUAAUGCAUCUUGUUUUUGCAGGGAAGCAAAGACCAGUUGAAGGAAGUAUGGGAGGAAACAGAUGGCCUUGACCCAACUGAUUUCAACCCAAAGACGUUCUUUAAGUUGCAUGGUAAGAAAUUAAAUAUUUUAACAGAUUUUAUUUUUACACCUUUAUUUGUAUUGAUGUUUAGUAUCCAUGCUACUCAAAUAUCUCCUGAAAUACAGUAACAUAUAGUACAUUCAUCCAGGGCUCCCUUCUUCCAGUGUGCACUGCUAAAAGUUUUACUACUGUCAGGUUUAUAUGUGUGGUGAUAUUCACACACAAAUACAGUCUUCAGGGAUUCUGUUCUACGUUUUAAACAAUGAUAUAAACCUGUAUGAAUGACAGAUGGCAAAUAAAGAGACUUUGCUUAAAAAUAUAUAUAAAUUGAAUAAAACACACUAUAAAAACCUAAAAAAAAAAACAACACAACUAUAAUCAAUUUGCUACAUAUAGUAUUUCGAAUCAAUCAGUCAAUUCAUUUUCUUGCUAAACCUAAGGGUCAAGGUUACUCCUUUCUUGCUUUUACAAUCUUAUCAGUGAAGGACAGUAAACAGAGAUACAAACUUCCCUGCGGAGCCCAGCAUACAGAACUAUCGAUAUGGUAUACUACUUGAUUUACUGAAACACUUGUUGCCUUAUCAGUUCCUAUACUGGAAAUAUCAACCAAACCUGCCAAGUAUAUACGAAUAAAGUUGAGCUACAACAACCCAAAAUAUAUAAUGUUUCUGGUAGCCUUAGUAUGUAUGUGUAUAUAUAUAUAUAGGAAUAUAAUUAAUUCCUAUUCCAGAUGUAAUCAGUUCAACAUAUAUAUAUAUAUAUAUAUAUAUAUAUAUAUAUAUAUAUAUAUGUUGAUGUUGAACUGAUUACAUCUGGAAUAGGAAUUAAUUAUAUUCCUAUAUUUGUCAGAUAUAUCUCUCUCAGACUGCAGGUAGAAUGAGAUAUAACUAUUCUAUUAUUACCUCCAUAUGGGAUAGGUUAAGUUCACAAUAUAGAUGAGACUACAAUGGCCAUUGUAUUUGAUAUAUAAAAUACAGGGAAAUCUUUUUUUUUUUUUUAUUCUUUAUUUAUUCCAAGACGAGACAUCACAAGCAGUACAUAUACAGCAACAUAGGAUUAUGCAUAAACAAGCAUGUACACUGUGAUCAUGGCUUUUUACAUUAGCAAGAUGAACAAUCAAGGUCGUAUAGAUCCCAUAACUAGAGACCACUAGUUGUAUUUACAUCUCUAAUUUUCAAGGUAGUUCUCAUCUCUGUGUAUGUUAAAAUAUCCCGUCUGGCUUUUAAUAGUUGAUAAAACAUGUAACACAUAACAUAUGAUAUAUGACGACCGCACACGUGUUUGCAGAAAAAAAAAACCGACUAGGAAUAGUAUACGAGCGUACGUUUGCUCCCAUGUCUCUAUUGUCACACACGUGUAUCUCCACUAUGUACAGUCGGACAAUAAGAUUAAGGAACUAAGAGAUGAAAGAAAAGGAAAAAAUAGAGGAAGUGCCUCGAAACUCCGAGGUCACAGAGAAGAGGGUAUGGGGAGGAGUCCGAGGAGAGCCACCCAAUUAAAAAGGCAUCGUAGGGAAUGUGCUUCCCUUCCAACCCUGUCCCCCACGGGGGUCCGCAAAAUCCCUCCCUGCGAGCCGGGUCCAAAUAAUACGGUUUACCUCCUUUCUCAGAAGCCCAGAGAGGUAUGUUUGGAUGUUCUUAUUCAGUCUGCCUUUCUCUAAUCGCUUACAGUGCUAUUUCUCCAGGGGCACCAUAUCUUGUCAAAUUUCUUCAUUGCCCCCCUGACCUGUGCUGUCAGCUUGUCCAUUAGGAAAGUAUCUCUUAUUUUUUGUUUUACCAUCACCAUUGUUGGGGUCUCCCUCUGUAGCCACACCUGUGCUAGGGCUCUUCUAGCGGCAAGGUUUAUUUUUUGUAUAAGGUUUUGUUCCGUUCUUGUCCAACCAUCCAUGGAUCUGGACAACAGAAACACCCAUGGGUCUAGUUUCACCUCCCUGUCAAAAACAUCCCGCUGCAAUGCAGCAAUCCGUUUCCAAUAGAUUUGUGCCUCCAGGCAUUCUCUAUACAUGUGUAUAUACGUACCCUUGUGUCCGCAGCCUCUCCAACACAGGUCCGUCGGGUUUUUACGCAUUCGGUACAACGUCCCUGGAGUGGUGUACCCCCGAAAUAAGGUCUUCUAGGAUUGUACCUGCAAGGAGACGCACACUGAAUAUGUUGCAGCAGCCUCCCAUAUUUCCUGCCAUUCUAUGCCCUCCAGAACCUCAUUGAGAUCUGCUUCCCACUGAUCUAUAUAUGUGAUAUCUCCCCAUUCUAGCGUGUGAGUGCUCAGAUGAGCAUAUAAACAUAAAAUUAAGCCGCUUGGGGAUUGUUCCCUCUUGCACAUCCUUUCGAAAAACAUUAACUGUAUCAACGCAGCCGUUUUGAUCCGGGGAUCUCUGGCAUAAUCCCUAAGCUGUAGAUACCGGAAGUAGUUGAAGGGUCGUAAUGGGGCCCUGCUUGUCAGUUCUUCAAAUGUUAUAAAUGAGCCGUUUUCAAACAGUUUGCACAGUCACUGCAGUCCCGUGUUCUCAAUACCCUUGAAAUCCCAGGGACUCAUGCCCGGAAGAAAUGCUUUGUUUCUUAAGAAAGGGGUCAUGGGCGACGGGUUGGAGGUCAGGCCAUAUUUAAGGGAGUUGCGUAUCGCUGGGCAUAUCACUUGAUCUAUUGGUCUAUGUUCCUUAGGAUGACCAGAAUUCUUAUGGUGAAUGAAAUCAAUUUGGGAUUCUCCUCUCUGGGUGCUCUGGUCUAUUGCCAAUCAGUCAGUCCCUUACUGGAUCGUAUUUUGAUUUCUUUGCCCUCUGAUCUUCCUUGAUCUUUGAUGAUCUGAAUAUUCCUCAUCCUACAUAUUUCAAAUUUUUCUCCCUAUGCAACCAAAGACAAAUUAAUUAUAUAUAUAUAUAUAUAUAUAUAUAUAUAUAUAUAUAUAUCUCAUUACAUGAUGUAAAAAUCAUUUUAUACACCUAACCUGUAUGAAUAACCGAUAAAUACAUUCACUUAUACAAAAUCAAAUUACAUAAGUGUGUAUAAAUAAAUAUAUAUAUUUUACCCCUAUAUCAAUCAAAGACAUAGGUUACAUCCUAUUUUAGGAUAUGUGUAGAUCAUGCUUGCUUUCAGUAUAUUUAAUAUACAUAUUUAAGUUCUAUUCCAUUAUAUUUUGUUCUUAUUUGGUGAUUUUAAUAUGGAAGUGAGCUUUCUGUGGAAGAUCAAAUUUUGGCCUUUGUUGGUUGACUAACACUCUGGAUUGUUUUGUAAUAUUUAUGCGCACACAAUUGCAUUGUUCUAUGCUCCUUUGAAGCUAUGUGGUUUUUACGCUGUAAAGUACAUCUGGAAACUUAAGUUAGUCCUUAUUGGUUUUUUUAAUAUUUAUCCACAGAUAUCUUAAGGCAAAACCAGAGACCAAAAGUUUUAUUUCUGUUUAUUUGCCAAGAUUUACCACGUUAAGGCUAUUUUGACCUUUAUCCAGAGAUUUUACAAGCAAUGUUGGGAAAAAUCCAGGCCAGUCUCAUCAUUCGUAUUGUUCUCUGAAUAUUACAAUCCGUACUGUACACAAUAGCACAACAGGUGGUGCAAUCUGUUAGUUUAGACAUUCCGCACCCCAUCCCCCCCACUGUAUAGAUGAAUUCUAACACCGAGUCCAGAGAUCUGGUUCUUCUGUAUUGAAAUAAAAUCAGUUUCCUCUUACAGACACUAAUAGUGAUGGUUUCUUAGAUGAACAAGAAUUGGAAGCUCUUUUCACAAAAGAGGUAAGAACGAUCAUGUAUCUUACAUUUUAUUGUGUAUGUUGUAUAUGGUUAGCUUAAUUGAUAUAUAUACUAUUUGCUGCUAAAAGACCAAUACAGGUGUAUGUGCGUCAAAGAGAAAGUCUCAUAUGGCAAUAAAAGAUGUUGAGGAAGAGAUAACAAAAUAUUGUUUUGCUGGCAUUGGCGGAUCCAGGGGGGGGGGGCAACGGGGCAAUUGCCCCCCCCGAGAAAAUAUAGCUGCCCGAGGCUCUCCCCUUCCGGCCCAUGCAGGGCUGGUGCUAUCCAAGCACCAGCCCUGCUGUUUGCCAUCACGGACCGGAGGGGAGAUCAGUGAUCUCCCUCCCCGGCCCAGAGGCAGAUUGCUGGGCUGCCGGCAGGGGAGGGAGUGAGAGAGAGAACCCGGGGGAGCUAUUACCUGCAGCUCCGCCGGGUUCUCCUCUCGCGAGCAUGGAGCGUUACCAUGGCAACGCUCCGUGCUCGCGAGAGUGAACUCUAGCCUGAGCUGCAGGUUAGAGUUCACUCCACCACUAGAACCACCAGGGAAUGGAAGAGAAAGCGAUGUCUCCCCCUCCCUCAGCAAAGGUAAGAAGGGAGGGGGGACAUUAUCUAUAUUUAUUUAUUUAGUUAUUUAAUAAUAAUUUUUUUUUUUUUAUCUUUAAUCUGCCCCCUAUCCCCUCACACAAACUAUAACCCCCUACACACUGCACCACACACAAAUAUACAGCCCCCCUUACACACAUAGCCCUCCCUUACAUACACAGCCCCCCCUUACACACACAGCCCACCCUCACACACACAGCCCCCCCUUACACACACAGCCCCCCUCACACACACAGCCCCCCUCACACACAGCCCCCCCUCACACACAGCCCCCCCUUACACACGCAGCCCCCCCUACACACACAGCCCAGCCCCCUCUGCACACACACAGCCCCAGCCCCUCUUACCUUACCUGCACACAGCCCCCUCGUACACAGCAGCCCCCGCCGCACACAGCCCCUCUACCACAUGCCCAGCCCCCCAUACAUGCCACAGUCCCCCAUACUCACCCAGCCCCAACAAUACACACAGCCCCCAAUACACACCCCCAAUACACACACAGCCCCCAUACACACAUAGCACCCAUCACACAAAAACACACUGCGCCACUCACACACAAACACACUGCUCCCAAUACACACUGCUCCCAAUAUACAAAUUGCUACCCCAUACAUACACUGCACCCCUCUCACACAUGCACUACCCCUCCAUACACAUACUGCGACCCUCACACACACUGCACCCCUCACACACAUACACACUACAACCCCUAUCCCGGCAGACCUGGGUAAGUUAUCAAAUGUUUUUUUAAAAGGUUUGACUACUUACUCUGGGAGAGCGCCACAGCAACUCCAGGCACCAAAACCACUACAGAGAGCUGUAGUGGUUAUUGUGCCUGGAUUGUUUCUUAAAAUAAUCUGCCAGUGCCCCUCCCGAGAUUAGCUUCUGGAUCCGCCACUGUUUGCUGGAUUAUAUUUAUUUACUCUUUGCUGGUUUAAACAUUGACUAAGUUGCCACCCCCCAUGUGAAAGUGAAUACACUCCUUUUACACCCCCCAUAUAUCCAGUAAAAUUCAACAAAUAUACACUCAUCCACACUUUCUUUUUCACACUCAUUCUCUCCCACCCUUCAUUCCUUUUCAUAACAAUUCUCUACCCCUCACCCUUCCUUAAUUUUCAAAUCCUUUUUCUGUCUCUCCCUCAAACCCCCUCUCUUUCUUUUCACAAUAUCCUAAGACCUCUCUCUCACCUGCUCCUCUUUUUUUUUUCUCUCUCUCUCUCCUUAUUUUUUGCGUCCCUCCUCUCCCCCCCCCCCUUUUUUUAUAUUACUUCUCUGUCUUCUCUCCUUAUCUUUUAUCACACUUUCUCUGCUAGGCACUCCUACCUUAUCCCCUAUCUUUCCAAGCCCCAAUUAAAAUAUCACGAUGUUCCCAAUUUUCUUCAACUUCAGAUGUCUUACAAAUGUUUUCUUUAGCAUUUGAGUCCAAUUGUGAUCUACCUGCUUCUCAAUUUCUUACAGUGUACUGUUAUUGUACCUAGUGAAAAUCCACAUCUUUUCUUUUUUGUAGGAUUUGCUUAAAAAUUGUCCUAAAAACGAUUCACAAAUAUGCAAUGAAGGUCUAAUCUAAAGCUAUUUGUAAAAUUUAAAAAAAAAGUGUAGUUGGUACAAGCUGCAUGUAUUAUCAUAUAACUUUUGUUUUAAAAGUGGUAAUUGGUGCUUCAUUGAAAUAAUUGACUCUACUAAACCAUCCAUUCUAUAUUGAUUGUAUUCCCGUAUCUGGGUUAUUAGACUAUUAGAUGUUGUUGCGAUGCUGAAUAUCUGUUAGCGGUUUUGAAUCAAUAGAUUGAUUGCUGUUCUAGUUGGUUUACAUUUAUUUUACAUAUUUUUUUCAACAGUUGGAAAAGGUUUAUGACCCUAAAAAUGAAGAGGAUGACAUGGUAGAAAUGGAGGAAGAAAGAUUAAGAAUGAGAGAGCAUGUCAUGAACGAGGUAAAUUCUAGUCUGGAGUUGCUACCAGACAGCAUUAAGCAAGCAAAACAUCAUGGGACUUGUGGUUUCACAGCAGUGAAAGAGCUUUCUGCUCCAGCUAUUUCAUAUCCUCCUCUCCUUAAUAACAUUUUCAGUCUCUGGUACUCCUAGAUAUUUGUCCCCGAUAAUGCCUGUUUCAGUCAGUAAGGAAAAUGAAUACUCAGGGCAAGUAUUUUCACUCUUUACAUGCCUGUCAAUUGCCAACUGGUUUCAUGCUUUUUAAACUUUACAAGCUGAAGAUCUCCAACAGUGAAAGAAGAACCGUGGGUGCCCAGUUCACAAACUUUUUGACUGCGCACUGGGAGAGUGUUGCAGGCAACUCCUGGCAUUAUAAUCACUGCAGUGGACUGUAGUGGUUAUUGUACUUAGGGAUGCGAUUUAAUACAAACUGUCCUACCAUAACUAAUCAACCCAUUCCUCUCAAGCACCAACAGUUAAAAGAACACUCCAGUUAAAAAAUAAGUAUAUUUUUUAGGCAUCAUAACAACUUUAACUGAAUGAAGCAGUCUUGGUGUAUAGAUCAUGCCCCUGCAGUCUCGCUGUUCAAUUCUCUGCCAUUUAGGAGAUAAAUCACUUUUGUUUCUGUUUAUGCCACCCUGGCUGUGACUGACACAAUCUGCAUGGUACAAUGGUACAAUGGUUUCAUAUUCAUUCAGAUCUUAACUCAUUCAUACUACAAACCAAAAAUACAAAUAGAAUAACAAUAAUAAUAAAAUAUACUUAUCAAAACAAAGAAACGGCUUCGCACAGAUCACCUCCCAAAUGGUGGUCUUCUCAAGCCAUAGAAAUAUACACAACACACGUGGAAUUCAGCUGUUCUUCCUAAAAACUGAUAAAUAAACAAAACCUAGUGUAAUACAGUUUUAUGGAUAUUAUUCUCUGCUAUAGAUUGCAGUCACGAAAUAUUGGACUAGCCCCAUUUAAAGGGACUCAAUGGUGGGUGGGAUUAGGCUGCUUUAUGGGAGCAUUAUUAUUAUUAUUACUGCUUUUUAUUGAUAUUGGUCUCUGAGGAAGUCCCAAUGGUGGGACGAAAUGCAUAAGACCAGUCAUUUUAUUGUUACUUUUAAUUUUAUUUACAAUAAACCCAUUUUACACCUAUCUACCUAUCGGAGUCCUGACUGGUUCCAAAUCCAUGGUGAUACUUCAAUUCUGAGGAAACACUACUCCAAUAUCUUGUGUGUGCAAUCUGUAGCAGAGAAUAUUUUCCAUAAAACUGUAUUACACUAUGUUUUGUUUAUUUAUUAUUUUUUAGGGAGAUUAGCUGAAUCCCACGUGUGUUGUGUGUAUUCCUUAACUUAUUCAUCCCCUCUUUUUCAACCUCCAUUCCUUUCUUUACAAGUUUUUUUUAAUUUUAUUUUUUUUCUUCCUGCUCUGUUAAUUGAACUUUAAUCACACCCAAGAGGCAGCUGCAGGCUAUUAACAUAGCAGGAGACACAACAUUCUAAAACAAAAUCCUAUUACCACCUGAGGUACAAUUUGCAUAGAAAAUUAAAUCCAUUUGUUAAUCAGCAUGUACAUGGAUAACACACUUACUGUGCAUAUGUCACCCUAGUGUGCAUUCAAAAUGCAGUGAAUGGGAGAGUCAGAAAAAAUAUUUUAAAACUUGCGGUCACUUUAGAGGAACACUAUAUAGUUAGGAAUACAAAACCGUAUUCCUAAUGCUUUAGUGUCGCUCUGCUUCUGAGGCCUCCCAUGCUGUGAUUAAAGGGUUAAUUAAAACUCCUUUCUUUUUUAAAACUUACCUCCCCAGCACCGAGGUCUUUCAGGAUUCCUCUUCCAGCGACACCCCGCUGAUGGGGCUAAUGUGCAUGCACGGCAAGUAACACACGCACAUUAGACCUUCCCCAUAGGAAAACAUUGAAUCAAACUUUCCUGUGGGGAUUUUGAGAGUGCGGCAUGUCCUCAUGCAAACAUGAGGACGUCCAAUGUAGUUUUAUGGAGCUAAACUCCAUGAGAAUGCAGGAAGUACCACUAGCGGCUGACCAGAGGCUGUCUUAACCCUGCAGUGUAAACAUUGCAGUUUAUCUGAAACGGGGGGUCAAGGCGAAUGUAUUAAGCUGAAGAGCUGUGUACUCCAAUACAUUUAUGGGUUUAAAGCAGCCAGGAAAGGUGUAACUAGGCUUCACAAACAAAGUGAUUCAACUGCUAAAUGGCAGCGAUAUGACUGGAUUGUCGUAUUUUCACUGUGCCAGAUUAGAUUGUUCGUGUUUUUUAAGCCUUUUAUUGCUCCUCAUUGGGUUCCUGUUGUCUCUGAGUAUUGUCAUUGCCAGUAUGGGUUAUAAUACCAAGAAGGAGAUAGAUAUUGGAUAUCUCUUACGCCAAGCACACGGCAGCCUCCUAUGUGGAGGAUUGUUCCAAAUUUUUAGAGGAGCUAUCUUUCGAAGCUGAAGAUGAAUCUUUCCCUAUUCUUCUGACACCACUUAGUAUCCUACAGCCUUGUGACUCCUCAUAACACUCUGGGAAAUCAGGCAAGUUGGUUUGGUGUUGUGGAGAAAACAUCUAGUAGUUAGUAAUUAUGGCAAUGACAUUUACUUAAGCACUUGGUUAUGUAGGUGCAGCAGUUGCAGGUCCUGUUUGACCAACCAGCUGUUUUGCAGCUUUGGAGAUAUGAGGAGACCUAAAAAUCUUCAUCAGAUCAGGGGAAUUUCAGAAGCGGUAUCAAUUGUUGAACUCCCCUCAUUUUCUCAGGUGCCUGUUUGCAGCCCUUAUAGCCCUAUUGCCCUAUAAGCAGGCCAAGAAUAUCUAACUUGAUGGCUUCUUUUGUGUGCUGAAACCUGCCAGGGCUCCAGCACCAGCUACCAUGUAUCUAUUGAUUUAGUUUAUAAAUGGCUGGUAAAAGCCCACAGUUGUUACAGUUCCUCUGAGAAACUGUACCCUUAAUGUUGACAACAUGACACUCCCUUUUUUGCGCACCUUUAUAGUACUACGCUUCAUUGUUUCACUUCUUCGGGAGCAACUUAUACACUAUCACUGGAGAUAUAAACUCAUCCAAGUUGGGUCUCAUGAAACUUCUACAUAUUCAAUUCACAAUCUUCAGGAGGUGGGAGCCAUUUUGGGAAAUUUGGGCCUGCUUUUAGACUUGUUGGGGCUUGCACACCCAGAGGUGAAUAAGCCACCAAUAUGAUUUAUACUGGCUAAAAUUACAUUUAUUUAUAUAGCGUCAAAAUAUUCCGCAGUGCUGUGGCAUAGGUAAACAAGACCAGCAUUGAGUAUAACCAAAUGCUUACACAAAGGUGGUGAACAGCAGGUGAAGAUGGCCCUGUCCAAAUGAGAUUACAAUAUAAAGUUACUCCAUUUAUACCUCACUAGUCUACUAUGUACUCUUAUGUCAGAGUAACUACCUGAUAUUGAAAUUUUACAUGUCCGCUUGAAAUCUUAGCACUAUUUACUUGCUCUCCCAUUGAUUUUUAUCCUGAAUUUUCGAGGUGAGCUCCAGGUGUUCCUUAUUGUGCCUAAUAUUGUAUCAAACCCCUCAAUCCACACAUGUUUUGAGGGGUUCUGUUAUCUCUAUUCCCUUCACUUGCAUUCAUGAUGCCAAAGAUGGUUUUGUGAUUGCCAAUUGCUUGGUUUCCACUAGAGAUGUAUUACAUCAUGUAUCAUCAUUGGCAUUGAUCUAUGAACCUUGACUAUGCCAGCUGUGUUAAUGUUAAUGAUGUGUCUUUAAAUAAUGUGAAGAGAUUUUUGACAUGCUUUAAAAUGCUUCUCAAUCACUUGGUCAGGACCCAAUGUUUGGUCUCGAAUGGUUGAAUCAGGUGGAUGAUAUUCAUCAGGCCAAUGUUUACUGCCCACAACUAAUUAGCAGUCCGUCUCCAUAACAUUGCAUGCGGUAGUAGCAGCUCAGUCUAAAGGUGGGAAGAUGCCAUUUUUUUUUUAACAAAAUGUAAUUGUGUUAUUUGUUGCAUAACAGUUGUAGAAGGGGUCACGGAGACAAUUUUAAAAUUGAAGAAUGAAUAACCAAACUAAUGCAUUGUUCAUAAUUUUGGUUGCUAUAUAAAGAUUAAAAACUCAACUGAAUGCUACAUGGAAGGUGGUACCUUUAAAAGGGUGGUGGGGGUGUGCCUCCAGACCAACUGGUGUUAUUCAUUUCUCCUCUUUCUCUCAACAUCUCAUCCCCCCCACCCCUUUUUUUUUUCCUUCUUUUUCUUCUACAUUCCUAUGGCAAAGCUCUCCAUUUGCACUUCAAAACAAGACAUUUCUGUUUUAUCUCUUGUGGACUAGCAAAUGUGAGUUGCAUGAAGUACCAUUGUUGACUCUGCAUCUUGAAGUAAUAUGUCAUGCAUGUAAACACAGCUAUGGUUUUGCCUUGGUUUCAUUACUGUUUAUUGUGUUUGUUUGGAAAAAUCUUCAAUAAGCACUAAAAUGUGCAUAACACAAGACAUCUAUUUUUUUUUUUUUUUAGAUUGACAUUGACAAGGACCGUCUCAUCAAUCUAGCUGAAUUUAUGAGAGCUACAGAAAAAAGAGAGUUUUUGGAACCAGAUGGAUGGGAGGUAAAGCAAAUAUCCACAGCAGUGGUAUCCUAACUUGAGUUACUAGCAGUGGGGAAUGCACUCAUUUUAUUAGGAAGGGGCAUUUUAAUUACACAUAAGACCCUGUAAUUGCUACACCACCCCUGGCUGUGACUUUACGCAACCUUCAUUGAAAAAUAAUGGUUUAUUUCAAUCCGUACUUACAGCACAGUGUGUUUACGUUAGAAGUUCCUAUCUCCUACUCUGUUAAUUGAACUUUAAUCACACAUGGGAGGCUGCUGUAAUUUGAAAUCAUAAAAUAAACAUAUUUCUCCUUCAUCCCUUGAAAGAGUGCUGGCACUGUUAUUUAUAGGAUAUGCUGUGAGAUGAUUGUUUGGAUUGCUGUUAUUUAUAUCCUAUGCUGAGAGUUGAUUGGUGGAUUGCUGUUAUUUAUAUCCUAUGCUGAGAGUUGAUUGGUGGAUUGCUGUUAUUUAUAUCCUAUGCUGAAAGUUGAUUGGUGGUUUUUUUUUUUUUUUAUAAAUUCUUUAUUUUGUUGGUGUUUCGUUUUUGUACUUUAUGGGGAAAGGGUUACAGAAAGAAGAGAUUGGGGUGAAACGUUAGUUUAACAUAUAGCAGUUUGUAACAGUAUUAACAAGUCAGGUAUUGGCUUAUGCUUUGUUGUGCCUAAUUUGUAUCAGUUUUCCUGAAUGUUGCUCGGCAUAUGUUUGUAGUACUCCUUUCGGGAGGAGCUUUGGGUGUCGGGGGAUUGCUGUUUUUUAUAGUCUAUACUGGCAAAUGAUUAUAUUGCUGUUUAUAGCCUAUGCUGAGAGUUGAUUGGUUGGAUUGCUGUUAUUUAUAUUCUAUGCUGAGAGUUGAUUGGUUGGAUUGCUGUUAUUUAUAUUCUAUGCUGAGAAAUUAUUGGUUGGAUUGCUGUUAUUUAUAUUCUAUGCUGAGAGAUGAUUUGUUGGAUUGCUGUCACAAUUUUUUAUAGCUUGUACCCGUGCAUUCCUCCUGUUUUUACAAUGAUUUUGAUGUAUUGUAGUGUUUUUUUUUCUCUUUGCUGUUAUUGUGAGUAAACAAAAAAAGAGAUAAGCACAAUAUGAGCCUUUGUGUCUUGUAAUAAAAUCAUGGCACAUCUUAGAUUAUCAACAUAUGCUGGCUGUGCCAGUGCACGUAUGUAUUUGAUGCUAAGGGAAAUAUUGAGGUGUUUGGUCUGUUCAAUGCUUUUCAGACUGUAGACCAGCAGCAGCUUUAUACUGAAGAUGAACUGCAAGAAUUUGAAAAGCAGAUUGCUGAACAAGAGCGAGAACUGCAGAAGAGAGCGGAGAACCUUUACAGACAGAGAGAGGAUCUGCAAAAACAACAUGAUCUCAUCCAGGCCCAAAAGCAAGAACUACACCAGGUACUAAAUGGGCAAGGAUAGGGAACCCUUCAUUAGUAGAUUUGCAAUAAUAGCAUCUUUAGUAUCCUUUUCAAAAUAAUCCAAAACUCUAUCAGAAUUAUGACAAGAUUCUAUUUCUGCCUCCUCCUCUGUGCAAGAAUCCAAAUCCACAGUACUCUGCAGUAUGACAUUGUGGCUUUUGCCCUCUUCCACUUCCUUGUCACUUCUUCGAGAUGAGAAGUACUCGUGCCUUGAUAUUUUUUUUUUUUUUUAAGGGUUUCGUUCUGAAACGGUUUCUUAAAGUCAUACUUUGAUACGCUGCUGAGUGUGGUUACAAUGAUAUGAAAUAUACAUUGCUGAGCUCAGAGACCCAUUUGCCUGUCACCCCAGAAAAAUCUUUCACAAACGUUCUGUCUGGCCAGCAGUAAAUUUUAUAAAGAGCAACUGAAGCCCAAAAUUGUGCACGAGAAUAGUUAUAAGAAUGUGAAGGACUAGAAAACUGCCAUUCUGAAAUUUGUCAUAACCAAGAUAGCCGCUGCUAAAUAGGGAAACAAAGUAACAUAGAGAUAAAGACCACUGAAAUAAUAAAAUAGAGGAAACCAUCAUUUAGCUAAAUCUGGGUGAUAUUUCAUUACAAAACAGAAGCCAUUCAGCAUUGAAAUGGUGAAGAAAUCUCUUGGGGGAUAAGUUAAAAAGCAAAGCUUAUUUGAAAUAAUAAACCUAUUUCUCUUAUUUUCCUUGCUCCCCCCGUUUAUGUUUUUCUCUCUUUCUUUCUCCAUCCAUUAUCUAUAUUAUUAUUGCACUAAAUUCACUUUAUUUAAGGUUGUGCAACAAAUGGAACAAAAGAAAAUGCAACAAUCGAUUCCCCCAUCUGUACCAGAUGCAAGCCUUAAUUUCCAACCAGGUAUGUAUUAUAGUUCAAUAAAUAUAUCAUAUAUAUGACCAUGUACAUGCAGUGAAUUCUAGCUUCCGUCUUUUUACCCGCCCUGUAGCUUUAAAGGGACAAUAGUGUAUAGUACAGUUGGAGUCUGGAGACCUGACCCCAUUUUGACAGCUGUUCUAGGCCGAGCAGGAUUAACUGCAUGCUAAACUUAGGUGACCACCAAGUCCCCGGGGGUCAGAAAGGUGCCUUGGAACUACGAAUUUGCUUGGCAUCUUCCCAUCUCUAUGUGAAGGAUAAUGGUGGGUUCCAAACCAGCAAACUGCCUUGUGUGCUAUGGGAUCGUAAAGGGACAUACAUCACGUGACAAUUAUUUUUUCCUAGCAUAUAGUGGCAGUAUAAGUGGGAUGAACUUUAUACUUUUGUUUGCUUAUCCUGUCUAGUUCAGUACUAUAAAGUCUUAGGUUGAUAAACAAAAUAGGCAAAGUUCACCCUAAUGUCCAACACUGGUCCAUGGUGCUGGGGUUAGCCAAAGCAAAUCCAAGCUAACUUAGAUUAGCAAGGGCAAGUCCAGGCUGGUAAUGGUAAACAAAGGCAAGUCCAAGCUAGUAAGGGUUAGCAAGGGCAAGUCCAGGCUGGUAAUGGUAAACAAAGGCAAGUCCAAGCUAGUAAGGGUUAGCAAGGGCAAGUCCAGGCUGGUAAUGGUAAAUAAAGGCAAGUCCAAGCUAGUAAGGGUUAGCAAGGGCAAGUCCAGGCUGGUAAGGUUUAACAAAUACCAGUCCAAGGAAGUGAGUGUGGUGCACCUAGGGUUUGUAAGUUGGCCAAGCAAAUUAGUAGUUCAACAGCCCCUUUCUAACACCUGUACUCUAGGUGGUUGCCUAAGUGUACCUCACAGUUAAUCCUACUCCCUGUACUCUAGGUGGUUGCCUAAGUGUACCUCACAGUUAAUCCUACUCUGCCCAGAAUAGCUAGGAAUGAAUAAUUUAUUGCAAGUAAAAUUUCAGUCGUUUAAGCAAGCAAGCAAACAAAUAUGCAAACUAAUAUAAAGCAAAAAAUACUUUUAAAAGUAUGUAAUAAACAUUUAUAAACUUACUAUAAACCAGAUUGCAUUGUUGAGCACACCUCUUACCUAGGGGAGUUUCUUCAGCUCCAGCCCCUCCUUCUUUCCCACAAAACUCUGUUUAAGACCAGUCAAUUAAUUACAGAAACAAGGCAUCAUUGUGCUUCAGCAAGAGAAAAAACGUACUCCGGAACCUGUUCUGCAUGAAUCACACUGAUCAGACUUAGUUACAUAGUUGCAUAUAGUUACAAAGGGUGAAAAGAGACAUGUGUCCAUCAAGUUCAGCCUUCCUCACAUAUGUUUUUUUUUUUGCUGUUCAUGGAAAAGACAAGAAACCCCAAUUUGAAACACUUCCAAUAUUGCAACAAACUAGUAAAGAAAAAUCCUUCUUAAACCCCAGAAUGGCAGUCAGAUUUAUCCUUGGAUCAAGAAGCUAUUACCCUACAGUUGAAAAAUGAUCUUAUAUUAUUGAAUAUUCUGUUUUUGCAAGUAUGCAUCUAGUUGCUGUUUAAACAUCUGUACAGACUCUGAUAAAACCACUUCUUCAGGCAGCGAAUUCCAUAUCCUUAUUGUUCUUACUGUAAAAAACAAACAAAAAAACCCCCUUUCCUUUGCCUUAACCCCUUAAAGGACCACUCUAGGCACCCAGACCACUUCAGCUUAAUGAAGUGGUCUGGGUGCCAGGUCCUUCUAGGGUUAACCCAUUUUUUCAUAAUUAUAGCAGUUUCAGAGAAACUGCUAUAAUUAUGAAUGGGUUAAGCCUUCCCCCUAAUCCUCUAGUGGCUGUCUCAUUGACAGCCACUAGAGGCGCUUGCGUGCUUCUCACUGUGAAAAUCACAGUGAGAGCACGCCAGCGUCCAUAGGAAAGCAUUGUAAAUGCUUUCCUAUGAGACCGGCUGAAUGCGCGCGCAGCUCUUGCCGCGCGUGCGCAUUCAGCCGGCGGGGCGUAACGGAGGCGGAGAGGAGGAGGAGAGCUCUCCGCCCAGCGCUGGAAAAAGGUAAGUUUUUACCCCUUUCCCCUUCCAGAGCCGGGCGGGAGGGGGACCCUGAGGGUGGGGGCACCCUCAGGGCACUAUAGUGCCAGGAAAACGAGUAUGUUUUCCUGGCACUAUAGUGGUCCUUUAAGGACACAUGACAUGUGUGACAUGUCAUGAUUCCCUUUUAUUCCAGAAGUGUGGUCCUUAAGGGGUUAAACUAAAUCUUCUUUCUUCCAGUCUAAACGCGUGACCUAGUUUCCUAUGUAUAGUCCUGUUUAUGAAUAGAUUUCCACACAAUGCUUUGUAUUGGCCCCGGAUAUAUUUGUAUAAUGUUAUCAUGUCCCCUCUGAAGCGACAUUUUUCUAAACUAAAGAGGUUUAAAUUUGUAAACCUUUUUUCAUAGCUAAAAUGUUCCAUUCCUUUUAUAAAUGUUGUUGUAGCCUGCCUCUUCUCCCUUUAUCAGGAUGUUGCAAGGUGAACAGAUUGUUCAACUGCACAUGUGUAAAUAUGUCUGGCAUUCCCAGUGCACCUUAUUAGCAUUCCUAGGGAUAGGACACAGGCUACAUCAAUGGAGUGGUUGUAUCAAGCAUAAGAAAGAAGAAGCAAGUAGAUAUGAAAAAAUAAUCAUAGUUUACCUGCUUUACACAAAAAUAUUGAUUGUGUUGGCACUCUAUUACUGGGUGGUGCAGGUAUUAGAGGUAUUCCCCAUGAAGACCUCCACAAUAUAUACAAAAAUCAAUUCAUUUAAUACCGCACUCGUAUGCAUAACAAUAUGCAUGAAAAGUGGAAGAAGAAUCGCUAUUUAAAUAUGCAAAAAAGGAAUAAAUUUAUUAUACACUAGUUUUAUGUACAGCUAUAUACAGUCUAUAGAUACAGCAUAUGUGGAGUUUUGAGUUAAUAAAUGUUCAGAUGGAUCCACUACUUGAUAAUUAACUUUAGUUGAAAAAGAAGCAGAAAAAAUAUAUGUACAAAAAUGAAAAAAUCUGAAAAAAAUUCAAAAUAGGAAAAAUGUAAACAAAGGAAAAAAUGGAAAAAAAUAAGAAGAAAACUAAGAAACAAGAAAAAAUAUAUUAAUAGUAGAACGUUCACUAUAUAAAAAGUAAAGAGAUGGUUGGAUCUCACCAGUCAAGGAUUUCCACCCUGGGAAUUGAGUUACUCAAUAGCAGCAAGUUGUCCAGUGGCUGUUAGAUGUGUAAAGUAUAACCAGUGUCCCUCAGCUUGGAAACCAGCAUGUAAUCCUAAUGCAGUCCAGACUGUAUUUGUAGUCUCAAAUCUCCUAUUGUUGUUGGGCACGUAUGACUGCUCGGCUCUUCUCACUUGCGUCGUGCAUUGUGUGUGUAACCGCUGGGCUGCGCGCUCGGGACGAGCCUGCUUAGUUUCAACCUGCUUAGUUUCAACCUGCUUUAGUUUCAACCUGUCAAGUGAGGCAACAGUCUUAUUCAAAGCUAAAACUUUUGAAAGAGAUAGUUGUCUCAAAGUGAUCCAGUGUAAGUGCAGCCUUUGAUGCAAAGUAAGUACAACAUUUUAAAAGAAGGUAACCGAGUCCAGUUUCAUAUUCGGCUCUGAGAUAUAUGGGAUGGUGCUGUGGAUACUGUUCACCUGUCAUCUCUUGUUACUGUGGGAUGUGUGAUAAUUGUGCGGUUUAUUUCUUUUGUUUUUCAGCUGGUGAACAAGGAGCUCAUUUGGUAUCUCAGCAAAUAGGAAAUGCUCAACCGUUAUCCCCAGGACAUUUACCAGAAGCUGGAGUGUCACAGAGCCACCAAGGCUCAUAACCAUCUAGCAAAUCAUUAUACUUUGUCAGUUAGUGCCAAGAUCAUGAUGGAAUGAUCAUGUCAGAAGUCUGGAUCAACCUUUACAUUCUUUUCAGAAAUGAUGUAAUCUCAGAAACAUGAGAAUUGUAUUUGAUUCUAGUGUUUCUAAUCAAGACAUCCUUUGAGAAAUGCUUCUGAAGAAUAAGUACAGACAUGAUAUAUAAGGAGAGUUCAGUAUUUGAUUUCUAAGUUUGAACCCACACAAUUGAAUUAUCCCCUUCCCGACCAAUGAUGGCAUAAUUGCAUCAUGGUUAUCCAUCCAUUAAAAACCUGUGACAAAAUAGUUCUGUCAUACUGCAAAAUUCACUGUGGCCAGCUGUGGGACCUGUGAUCGCUGGGUUAAUGCUGGGUCAUUGUCCACUGGGACAACUAGUCACAACGAUGACUGACUGUUCUUUGUAGAUGUCUGAACUGCCUCUCUCUUCCUCACACUUUGUUGUGAAGUGGAGAGAAAUCCAUCAGACUGAUACUGUGUAUGACUGGUGUGAAAAGUAUAUUAAAAUUGGCAAACACCUUUUCAGUUUCUUUUGAAGAAAAUCAACCUUUCCCCUGUCUUGUGAUCACUGCCUGCAGCACAGGUACAGAUCAGAGUUGUUUAGUGUGUUUGUUUGCUUUUUCACCGUUUUUAGCACUGGAAGUUAAAUGUAUUAUUAAUAUUAUUUUAUUAUGGUGAUUUAGAUUAUUGGGGUGGGUGGUGAAAUUGAGUAGUUUAGUGUUAUUAAAAGUUAAAAGAAAACACUUUAAUGUUCUCAACUAAUUCUUUUUAAGUUCUUCUGUUAAAAAGCUUAAUAAGCUUAGUACUGUGCAGGCUUGCAAAAUUCUGUCCACUGCAUCAGACAGCGUCAAAUAUUCCCUCUUUCAGAGCAAGUCCUGUCAUACAUUCUGUCGUGCAGCUGUUCCUGCGGCAUUUUUAAGGAGAUUGACACCCAGACAAGCCUUUAUGCUGAUCAAAGUUGUGCCAGAAUCCAAAUGAUUUGAUUGGAAGACAAAGGUCAUGGUACCCAAGCACUGUACCUGAGCUAAAACCAUUCUGUUUAGUUACACUGCUAAUGGGCAUUAUAAAGAAGAAUAUGAUAUGUCUUUAGUCUUCUCUAAUUCAGAGUACCAAAGAAGCAAUCAUAAGCCAAAACCACAUGAAAAAUAUAAUGUAACUUCAAAUUACUAAAAAUGCUAAGCAAUGAUUUAAAAAGUUACAUUCCCAAGGAUAUUCAUUUAUACAAGUGAUAUACUCUUGUUCAUAAUUUGAAUUGAUUAGCUUCUGAUAUUUAAAAAUAGAUGUGGUUUUUGUAGGGUAAUUUACAUUGAUGAACUGCUAAAAUAAGACAUGGGCCCAGCAAAAAAUUAACAAUUUUUUUUUUCUUCUAAUGUUACUGUUGUCAAUUCAUAUUUUAUUAAAGACUGGAGACAAGUUUAAACUUUCCUUUACUAAUCCAAAAUAAUGACAAAACAUCACCAAACUAAAUGAAAACCAGUAUAACUGCUUAGGAUGCAAUCUGCAUAAAACCUUAGCAUCCUCUAGACAGAAUGUGCCAUAGUCUAUGAAAGCUAUAGUGUGUACGAUCCAAUCCUCUUUGUCUGCGAGCUCAUCCUAGUGAGAAAAAAAAAUUGCCCGUUAACUGCAUGAACACAAGAAAUGUGGAUGAAAAAUAGAGGAGAAAAUUAUUCAGGAACACAAUGCUACUUCAGAAGAGAAGAAUCCAUCCACAACUCGAGAGUAACCUGUAGGGAAAUAUGUAAAUUAUCGUGGUGGGUCUUAGGGGAAGGGAUAAUGCUUGCCUGCUGUCUUUAAUAAAAUUGUGACUUGAUAUUACAAACGUUAGCAAUAACCUGAAUUUUAUUAUAGACAUGAGGCUCAUAUUAUGCUUGUUUAAAGCUAAAUAACAUUACUGAAUAAUCUGCAUACUAAUAUGGCUAUCAGGUGCAAAAUAAAUGGAUUUAAAGGUAUAGUCCGAUGACCAGCUGCUUUCGAUAUAUUCUCUCUAGAUUUGGUGCUCACUCCUCAAGGGCUGUAGCUACAAAAGUUUACAAGGCAGGAGGCAAAUAAGAUAUCGAUCACAGGUAAAUUCAUAUUUCUGAUCCAUCUAGCAAGAGUAGAUGAGGCUACAGGUAGAUAGCAUUUCUUAAAAGGUAUUAAUACUUGUGGACAAUUAGAUGGUUUAAGGGUAAAUGUCUUCUCAUAUGCUUUAACACAAUGCACUACGCAAUAAGUAGGAUAAAAUAAUCUUCACACAAUAAUCUAGUUAGUUUUACUGACAAAAAUGUUAAUGAUAAAUCAAAAGAAACACUUCAAACGCCUAAAGCACUUUAACUUGCUUAAAGGACCACUAUAGUGCCAGGAAAACAUACUCGGUUUCCUGGCACUAUAGUGCCCUGAGGGUGCCCCCACCCUCAGGGUCCCCCUCCCGCCGGGCUCUAGGGGGAGGAAGGGGUUAAACUUACCUCUUUCUCCAGCACCAGGCGGGAGACUUUCCUCCUCCAUAACGACGUCAUCGGCUGAAUGCGCAUGCGUGGCAGGAGCCGCGCGCGCAUUCAGCCAGUCCAUAGGAAAGCAUUGUCAAUGCUUUCCUAUGGACGCUGGCGUCUUCUCACUGUGAAAAUCACAGUGAGAAGCGCCUCUAGCGGCUGUCAAUGAGACAGCCUCUAGAGGCUGGAUUAACCCUAUUAUAAACAUAGCAGUUUUUCUGAAACUGCUAUGUUUAUAGAAAAAAGCUUUAAACCUAGCUGGACAAGCCUUUAUGCUGAUCAAAGUUGUGCCAGAAUCCAAAUGAUUUGAUUGGAAGACAAAGGUCAUGGUACCCAAGCACUGUACCUGAGCUAAAACCAUUCUGUUUAGUUACAAUGCUAAUGCAUUAUAAAGAAGAAUAUAUGUCUUUAGUCUUCUCUAAUUCAGAGUACCAAAGAAGCAAUCAUAAGCCAAAACCACAUGAAAAAUAUAAUGUAACUUCAAAUUACUAAAAAUGCUAAGCAAUGAUUUAAAAAGUUACAUUCCCAAGGAUAUUCAUUUAUACAAGUGAUAUACUCUUGUUCAUAAUUUGAAUUGAUUAGCUUCUGAUAUUUAAAAAUAGAUGUGGUUUUUGUAGGGUAAUUUACAUUGAUGAACUGCUAAAAUAAGACAUGGGCCCAGCAAAAAAAAUGAAAGAUUUUUUUUUUUUUAAAUGUUAC